AUGUCAACACAGGCGCCAACAUUUACACAGCCGCUGCAGAGCGUUGUGGCACUAGAGGGUAGUGCUGCAACGUUCGAGGCGCAAGUUAGUGGUAAUCCAGUUCCUGAGGUGAGCUGGUUCCGUGAUGGCCAGGUUCUUUCCGCUGCCGCUCUGCCCGGCGCACAGAUCUCGUUCAGCGAUGGCCGCGCUGUUCUGAUGAUCCCUGCUGUGACAGCCGCACACAGUGGAAGAUUUUCUGUGAGAGCCACCAAUGGUGCUGGACAAGCCACUAGCACCGCUGAACUUCUUGUUACAGUGGAGACCGCACCACCCAACUUUAUUCAGAGACUUCAGAGUAUGACCGUGAGACAAGGAAGCCAAGUGAGACUGGAUGUUCGUGUUGCAGGAAUCCCUACACCUGUGGUAAAGUUCUACAGAGAGGGAGCUGAGAUACAGAGCUCUGCUGACUUUCAGAUUGUUCAAGAAGGAGACCUUUACAGUUUGUUGAUUGCCGAAGCCUUCCCAGAGGAUUCUGGAACUUACUCUGUAAAUGCUUCAAACAGCAGCGGACGGGCUACCUCCACUGCUGAACUGCUGGUUCAAGGUGAAGAGGUAGCAGUCCCUGCUAAGAAGACAAAGACUAUUAUGUCAUCAUCUUCUCAGAUGACGUCUUCUCAGACCCGCCAGACCAGAGAGACCAGAAGAGUGGAGUCACAUUUCCAGUCCAGCUCUAUGAUGGAAAUGCGUGUUGAAGGUGGUGUAGUGACCCAGACAUUGGCACACAAGACCCCACCACGUGUGCCUCCAAAGCCAACCUCAACCUCCAAGUCCCCAACACCACCAUCUCUUGCAGCCAGGGUUGCAGGCGGACGUCAUCAGUCACCAUCACCUGUGAGACAUGUCAAGGCGCCCACUCCGGCCCCUGUCAGGUCUGCCUCUCCCACUUCUGCCUCAAGACUGUCUGUGUCACCAAUCAGACCAGUCAAAUCCCCACUGACCACACGCAAACAAGUAUCCCAUAGUCCAGAUGUGCCUCCACCAUGGAAGCAGGGAGAGGGAUUUGUGGCAGAGUCCAGCUACAGCAUGACCGCUGCCUCUAGUGCCAGUCAUGUCCAGACUUCUGCCACCCAUGCUCACAUGGAGCAGCACUGGGAGGGCUCUUAUGGAUUGAAAACGACUGGUGCUGCUGUAUCUGGUGUCGCUGUGAGAGAGGUUGAGGGUGGGAAAAAAGCGGAGGCAAAGGCUAAAGUGGUUGCUGCUGUUGACCUAGCACGUGUUCGGAAGCCUAUUCAUGGAGAGCGGGGUCAUGCUGAAGAGGAAACCAUAGAUUCUGAUUUAAAACAGCAGACGAUGCUGUCUACUACUGAGCAACAAUUCUCAACGAGGACUGAGGCUGGGCAAAUGCUAACAACAAUUCAAACCCUUGCUCCUGAACAGAGUAUUCAUGUCUCCCAGAUGCAAAGAACUACCACUCAAGUGGAUACUGGCCUUGCACCAUCCCCAAUUCCACAUUUCACAGUUUCAAAAGUUAUGGUUCCUAAACCUGACCAUAGCUAUGAGGUUUCAAUAGCAGGUUCUGCUAUUGCCACACUGCAGAAAGAGUUAUCCUCUACCUCUGCACAUGCUGCUCAAAAGAUCAUCAAGCCAGUCAAGCCUCCAUCUCAUAAGAUUGUGGUGGCGACAAGAGUGACGCCAGAGCCGACCCCGCCUCCGUUUAAAGAUAUCGCAGACAGAUAUCAGACACAUUUCGACACUCAGUUACAGCAGAAACAGAUAGGCACUUCGUUUUCAGGGGGCAUGGAGCAAAUUUAUGAGGACUGGGAACAACAGGUUGUUGAAACAGCAGUUGUUCCAUCACCAAUGGAGGAGCCAACUGUGCCACCUACUCUUGUGGCUGGCUUGAAGAACGUGACUGUGACUGAGGGUGAAUCUGUGACUCUGGAAUGUCAGAUCACUGGUCACCCUGCCCCUGGCAUCAUGUGGUUCAGAGAGGACUACAGAAUUGAGAGCUCCAUUGACUUCCAGAUCACUUAUGAGAGUAAAUGUGCCCGUCUGGUCAUCCGCGAGGCCUUCGCAGAAGACAGCGGUCGCUUCACUUGCACUGCUACUAGCGAGGCUGGAACCAUCAGUACAUCCUGCUACCUGCUUGUCAAAGUGUCAGAGGAGAUUGAGAGCAGAGAGGACACUACUGUGUCUGAAUAUGUUGAAACUUCUGCAGAGAUUACCAUUGGAGCCAAGGAGGAGACCAUGUCGGAGGUGAGCGCUGUUGUAGAGACUGUGGAAGCAGCUCCCUUCUUUGUCAAGAAGCCAACUGUGCAGAAGUUGGUGGAGGGCGGAAGUGUUGUCUUUGAGUGCCAGAUCGGAGGCAGCCCCAAGCCCCACAUUAUCUGGAAGAAGACUGGAGUGCCCCUUACUACUGGAUACAGAUAUAAAGUGCACUACAAUAAGGAGAGUGGAGUGUGUAAAUUGGAGAUCUCCAUGACGUUUGCUGAUGAUGCUGGAGAGUACUCCAUCUUUGUCAAGAACCCGCUUGGAGAGGAGUCUGCCUCAGCCAGUCUGCUGGAGGAAGAGGAAUAUGAAGAAUACAUGAAGAAACAUGAAGUGACAUAUAAGACUGUAGUGACUACAAUGGUGCAAGAGUCUAAAGUGGCAGACGUACCAACUGUUGCUGUUAGUGGCUAUGAGACAGAACAGAGGAUGCACAUGCAUCACAGAAUGGCUCAGCAGGCCCAAGCGACACGCACCUUCAUCUCCGAGCAGGAACUCAAGGUUACUGUCGUUGAGGAGAGGGUUAUCCAUGAGAUUGAGGUCCGCAUCAUGCAGAUUACAUACCAACAAAUUGUGACUGAGGAUCGGGAAGAGAUGGUGACUGUGGCAGACCGUGAGGCUGUACAGUCAGCCUUUAGUACUCCAGUUAAAAACUACAGAAUCAUGGAAGGAAUGGGGGUCACUUUCCACUGCAAAAUGGCAGGAACUCCACUACCCAAGAUUGUAUGGUACAAAGAUGGCAAGCGUAUCCAUCAUGGGGGCCGUUACCAGAUGGAGAGUCUUCAUGAUGGUAGAGCCAGCCUGCGUCUUCCUGUGGUGCUGCCAGAGGAUGAAGGUGUUUACACAGCAUUAGCUAGCAACAUGAAGGGCAACUCUGUAAGCUCUGGGAAACUGUACGUGGUGCCCACUGCAGGAGCAGAAGCUCCACAGAUGCCUGAGUCACCGGCAAUGCAGAGAAUGAGGUCCACAUCCCCACGCUCUACAAGCCGCUCUCCCGGUCGCUCUCCCGGACGCUCUCCUGCUCGCAGACUUGAUGACACUGAUGAGAGUCAGCUGGAGAGACUGUACAAGCCUGUGUUUGUCUUGAAGCCACAGUCAUUCAAGUGUGCUGAAGGGCAGACUGCCAGAUUUGACCUGAAAGUAGUUGGUAGACCCAUGCCUGACACUUUCUGGUUCCACAAUGGACAACAAGUUGUCAAUGAUUACACCCACAAGAUAGUGGUGAAGGAAGAUGGAACUACAUCACUGAUUGUGGUUCCAGCCAUGCCCCAUGACUCUGGAGAGUGGACCGUGGUCGCUCAGAACAGAGCUGGAAGGACCUCUGUCUCCAUGACACUUACAGUUGAUGCCAAAGAAAACCUGAUCAGACCCCAGUUUAUUGAGAAGCUGAAGAACAUCAGUGUCAAGAAAGGCACUCUGGUUGAGUUGGCUGUCAAAGCCAUCGGAAACCCCCUGCCUGAUAUUGUUUGGCUGAAAAACAGUGACAUCAUCUCCCCAAUGAAGCACCCAAAUAUCAAGAUUGAAGGCACCAAAGGAGAGGCCAAAUUCCAGAUCCCCCAAACAGUAGGCACUGAUAGUGCUUGGUACACAGCCACAGCCAUUAACAAAGCUGGAAGAGAUACCACUCGCUGCAGGGUCAACAUUGAGGUGGAAACUGCUGAACCUGCACCAGAGAGGAGACUCAUUAUUCCCAAGGGAACAUACAAGGCCAAGGAAAUUGCAGCUCCAGAGUUGGAAUCCCUGCAUCUCCGUUAUGGUCAAGAGCAGUGGGAGGAGGCUGACCUAUAUGACAAGGACAAGCAGCAGAAACCGCAGUUUAAGAAGAAGCUGACUUCUGUCAGGCUGAAGCAUUCUGGUGUUGUCCACUUUGAAUGCAGACUGACCCCUAUUGGUGAUCCCACUAUGGUGGUUGAGUGGUUGCUUGAUGGCAAACCCCUGGCAGCUGCUAACAGGUUGCGUAUGGUUAAUGAAUUUGGCUACUGUAGUCUUGACUUUGAAGUUGCCUAUGCCAGAGACAGUGGUGUCAUCACCUGCAGAGCCACUAACACGUUUGGUGCCGAUCAGACCUCGGCUACACUGAUUGUAAAGGAGGAGAAGAGCAUGGUGGAGGAAACUCAGUUACCUGAGGGCAGGAGGGGACUACACAGAAUUGAUGAGAUGGAGCGCAUGGCUCACGAAGGAGGUCCUUCUGGAGUCACUGCAGAUGAGUAUUCAGAGAAGACAAAGCCUGAAAUUGUCCUUCUUCCUGAGAAUGCAAAUGUGCAGGAAGGUGAAAUUGCAAGGUUCCGUUGCAGAGUAACUGGUUAUCCUACACCUAAGGUCAACUGGUACCUCAAUGGGCAGCUCAUUCGCAAGAGCAAGAGAAUGAGACUUCGCUAUGAUGGCAUUUACUAUCUUGAGAUUAUCGAUAUCAAGUCAUACGAUGCAGGAGAUGUCAAAGUGUUAGCAGAGAACCCUGAGGGCACAGCUGAGCAUCUGGUGAAGCUGGAGAUCACACAGAAAGAGGACUUCAGAUCUAUUCUUCGUCGUGCACCAGAGCCUAAGGCCCCAGAGCCUAGCACCAUGGCUGAACAUGGCAGAGUUUCCUUUGAUGUGGUUAAGGUUGAAAAACCAACUGCCAUCAAAGAAACCAAAGAGGUAGUGCAACUAAAGAAGACCGAAAGAGUCAUCCAUUCAAAAUCCACAGAGGAGACAGACGAGUUGAAGGGCAAAUUUAAGCGCAGGACAGAGGAAGGUUAUUAUGAAGCCAUCACUGCUGUGGAGCUCAAGUCUCGUAAGAAGGAUGAGUCCUAUGAGGAUAUGCUUAGGAAGAGGAAGGAAGAACUGCUUCACCAUCAAAAAAUGUUGUCUGAGGCUGAGAAGAAAAAAGAGGAGGAACGCAAGGUUCAUGUUCCCUCAAUUAAACCAGAGAGAGUAAAGCUCUCUCCCAGCAUGGAAGCUCCAAAGAUCAUUGAACGCAUUGCUAGUCAGACCGUGUCUCAGAUGGAAGAAGUUCACUUCAGAGUCAGAGUUACCGGUAGACCAGACCCUGAGUGCCAGUGGUUCAAGAAUGGAAUUCUGUUGGAGAAAACAGAUCGCAUUUACUCAUUCUGGCCUGAAGACAACGUAUGUGAAUUAGUGAUCAAAAAGGUCACAGCAGAAGACUCUGCUAGCAUCAUGGUCAAAGCCAUGAACAUUGCUGGAGAGACUUCAAGCCAUGCAUUCUUAUUGGUGCAAGCAAAGACAGUCAUCACCUUCACACAAGAACUAGAAGAAACCAACGUGAAAGAGAAAGAAACCAUGGCGACCUUUGAGUGUGAGACCAAUGAGCCUUUUGUUAAAGUCAAAUGGCUGAUGAACAAUGCAGAGAUUUUCUCUGGAGACAAAUACAGGAUGCACUCAGACAGAAAGGUUCAUUUCCUUUCUGUACUGAUUAUCAGCAUGAAGGACGAUGCAGAAUACAGUUGUGCUGUUAUUGAAGAUGACCACAUCAGGACCACUGCCAGACUCAAUGUGGAAGGUGCUCCACUGUCAAUUGUGAAGAGGCUGGAGAACAUUGAGGUGCCUGAGACCUACUCUGGGGAGUUUGAGUGUGAAGUGUCUCGAGAGGAUGCUGAAGGUGUAUGGCAUUUUGAGAACAAUGAGCUCACUCCCAGCAGCAAGCAUGCCAUCUCCUCCCGCCGUGGACGCCACAGUUUAUCUGUGAAAGAUGUAAAGAAAGAAGACCAGGGAAAAUAUACAUUCACCACGGGUGAAUUCAAGACUAGUGCCUCCCUGAAAAUGAAACUGCGCCCUGUGACCCUGUUGCAUCCCCUCUCUGAUAUGACAAUCUGUGAGGGUGACAUAAGCCAGUUUGAGGUGCGAUUCUCUCAAGAAGAUGUUGAGGGCACUUGGAUGAAGAAUGGUGUUGCCAUUGAAGCUUCGGAUCGCAUCCACAUGGUUAUUGACAAGCUCAUCCAUAAACUUCUCAUAGAGGAUACAGGCAGGCUUGAUGGUGGAAUGUACUCCUUUGUAGUUCCUGCUCAGGACAUUUCCACCACUGCAAAGCUGACUGUUCAAACGAUUAGCAUCUUGGCCCCACUCAAAGAUAUUACAUCAGUUGAGGGCACCAAGGCUGUUAUGGAGGCUAAAAUCUCUGCUGCAGAUAUUAGCUCAAUUAAGUGGUUCCACAAUGACAAGCUUGUGAUGCCCAGUGAGAGAAUCCAGAUUGUUCCAAAGGGAUCCAAGCAGCGUCUGGUGUUCAAUAGGACCUUCGCCUCUGAUGAAGGAACCUACAAGCUAUGUGUUGGCAAAGCUGACUCUAGCUGUAAACUGAUGGUCCAAAAAAUUUCAAUUGUGAAGCAAAUGGAGGAUCAAGUUUGCACAGAGACACAGCACGUCACAUUUAAUGUGGAGGUGUCACACCCUGGCAUUGAUGGUAUCUGGACCUUCAAGAAACAACAUCUGAAAAAUGAUUCCAAGUACAAGAUAGUGACCAAGGGCAAGAACCACAGUAUGACUGUCAUUAAUGCCAUGAAGGAUGAAGAGGGGCAAUACACAUUCGCUGCUGGUGAACAGAUAUCCAGCGCAAAGCUUACAGUGUCAGGUGGCGCUAUAUCCAGACCGCUGCAUGACAUCAUUGUGGCUGACUCUCAGACAGCUGAAUUUGAGUGUGAGGUGGCCAACCCAACUGCUGAGGGCAAGUGGCUGAAGGAUGGACAGCCUUGUAACUUUGGUGAAAAUGUCAGGAGUGAGAAAAAUGGAGCUGUCAGACGUCUUGUUAUUGUCAUCACCAGACCCCAGGACAUCGGUGAAUACACUUACCAGAUUGCAAACUCCAAGACAACAGCCAACCUGAGAGUUGAGGCUGUGAAAGUCAAGAAGACCCUGAAGAACCAAACCGUCACUGAAACACAAGAAGCAGCAUUCAUUCUGGAGCUCACCCAUGAGAAUGUGAAGGGCUCACAAUGGAUUAAGAAUGGCGUAGAGAUCCAACCUAGUGAGAAAUAUGAAGUCACCGUUGAUGGCAUGGUCCACACCUUGAAGAUCAAGAACUGCACCAUACACGAUGAAUCAGUUUAUGGAUUCAAACUUGGAAAACUAUCUGCUAAUGCCAGAUUGAAUGUUGAGGCUAUUACUAUAACGAAGAAGCCUAAAGAUGUGACAUCACUAUUGGAUGCCACUGCCUCUUUUGAGCUGAGCCUGUCUCAUGAUGACAUCCCUAUCAAAUGGAUGUUCAAUAACGUUGAGCUUAAACCAAGUGAAAACAUCAAAAUGCUGUCUGAGAGAAAAGCUCACAAGCUGAUCAUCCAGAAUGUGGAUGACCAAAAGGCAGGAGAGUACACUGCUAUGGUCGGACAUGUGCAGUGCAGUGCUCAUUUAUAUGUUGAAUCUCUGCGUGUCACAAAACCCAUCAAGAACAUUGAAGUCCCAGAGACCCAGGUGGCCACUUUUGAAUGCGAAGUGUCACAUUUCAAUGUCCCAUCCACCUGGCUGAAGAAUGGAGUGGAGAUUGAAAUGAGUGACAAGUUCAGGAUUGUGGUGCAGGGCAAACUUCACCAGCUCAAGAUCAUGAACACUGGCAGUGAAGACUCUGCAGAAUACACCUUUGUCUGUGGAAAUGACAGAGUCUCUGCAACUCUGAAAGUUAGCCCCAUUUUGAUCACCUCCAUGCUGGAAGACCUCAAUGCACAGGAGAAAGACACCAUCACAUUUGAAGUGAAUGUCAACUAUGAGGGCAUCACCUACAAGUGGCUGAAGAAUGGUGUUGAGAUUCGCUCCACUGACAGAUGCCAGAGCCGCACCAAACAGCUAACUCACUCGCUCACCAUCCGAAAUGUUCAUUUUGGUGAUGGUGCAGAGUACAAGUUUGUUGCUGGCUCUGCUGCAACUACAGCCAGCCUAUAUGUUGAUGCACGCGUUAUUGAAUUCACCAAGCACAUCAAAGAUAUCAAGAUCACAGAGAAGAAGAGGGCCACCUUUGAAUGUGAGAUCUCUGAGCCUAAUGCUCAGGUGACGUGGAUGAAAGAUGGACAGGAGCUGGAAAUGUCUGAAAGAUACAAAGUCUCCACUGAGAAAUUCUUGCACCGUCUGAUGAUCCAGUCAGUCCGCCUGUCUGAUGCUGCAGAGUAUUCUGUGGUCGCUGGUGCAAGCAUGUCAAAGGCUCAUCUCACCGUGGAGGGGCGUGACAUCCACAUCACAGAACCCGAGGAGAAAGAAUUCACUGUUGUUGAGAAACAAAAAGCGUCGUUUGAGUUUGAAGUCAGUGAGGAUGACGUUGAAGGUCGCUGGCUGAGGAACGGUGCUGAGAUCCAGUUCAACCUUGACGAUAGGCUCCACUACAUUGCCAUUAGAAAGGUCCAUCGCAUGACCAUCUCUGAAACCUAUAGAAGUGAUGCAGGGGAGUACACCUUCAUCGCCGGCAAGAACAGGGUCGUGGUGACUCUACAUGUCAAUAUCCCUGAGCCACCUCAGAUAAUUCGCGGCAUGCAGGCCCUGUCUGUGGAGGCCGGCAAACCUGCUCGCUUCUCUGUGGAAGUGACUGGCGUCCCCCAGCCCCAGGUGUUCUGGUACAAGAACUCCCAGGCUCUCUCCCCUGGCUUCAAGUGCAAGUUCCUGCGUGAUGGAAAUGAGCACACUCUGCUUCUCAUCGAAGUCUUCCCAGAGGACGCAGCCUUGUACAACUGCGAGGCCAAGAAUGACGUUGGGCUUGCCACCAGCUCAGCACCACUCAAUGUGGAAGUUUCAGAAGUCGUUUCUCCUGAUACUGGAUCUCCACUGUCCAAGCCUGUGAUCAUAACACCAAUGAACAACACCUCAGUCAAUGAGGGAGAGGCUGCUAGGUUCCAGUGCAGAAUCUCUGGUGAAGAUCUAAAGAUCUCUUGGUACGUCCACAAGAAAGAGAUCGGACAGUCCGAUGCCUUCAGGAUGUCUCAGUUCGAUGACACCUGCCAGCUGGAGAUUUCCAGAGUGUACCCCGAGGAUGAAGGGGAAUACACCUGUGUUGCCAGAAACUCAGCAGGAAUGGUCACUUGCGCAGGAUAUCUGGCACUUGAAGUAUUGACAGUGGUUGAAAAGGAGGUGGAGAAAAAGGAAAAGGAAGUCAAAGCUUUCUCUAGCUUCACUGUCUCAGCUGAAGAGGAAAAACAGGAGUCUUACUUCACUGGUCUACAAUUAGGCAAAAGCAAAACACUUGAACUCAAGCCAGAGUCCAAACUUUAUUCUAGUACAAUGGAGAAGAAAAAAGAAAAGCCCGUUUUUGUGACCCAACUCUCACCAGUAGCUGUCACUAUUGGGGACAUAGCUAGAUUUACUGUCACAAUAUCUUGUCUUCCAAAGCCUAAUGUCCAGUGGUUCCACAAUGGUCGGGUUAUAACAAGUUCAUCAGUUUACACAUUUGUUCAAGAGCGAGACGAAUAUACCCUCGUCAUUAACAAAGUAGAGAAGGAAUUUGAAGGAGAAUACUCCUGUACUGCAAGCAACAGGUUUGGCCAAUCAACCUGUACUACUUUCUUGAACAUCCAAGUAAGUGACACAAAGAAACCAGAGAGGCAGGUUGAGAAAAUGUUCAAACCCACUGGCCAACCACCUGAAUUUAUUAAAACUAUUGAGCCUGUACAAUGCUCUGAAGGUGGUCUAGCUCUCUUUAAGUAUAUUGUCACUGGGAAUCCUCUUCCAGAGGUUCAGUGGCUUAAAGGUAGUUAUCAAAUUCAGCCCAGUAAGUAUUGUAUUGUGGUGAACAACCCAGAUGGAUCUGGCUUCAUCAACAUGAAGGGCAUUCAAAAGGAGGACAGUGGCCUCUACACAUGUAAGGCUUCCAACCCAUCUGGGGAGGCCUCUUGUAGUGCUGAGCUAAUCGUGUUCAGAGAGUCUGUCUCUAUAUCUCAGCACCAGGAACAACAUGUGGUUGUUCAGAAACAAAAAGGUUAUAAAGUAUCCAUGACUGAACAGGCUACAGAGUCACGCUUGUACAUGGUCAACCUUCCUGGAGAAGCCAGGGCCAGAGAUCAGAUGGUGUACACCAUAGGUACUGAGGACAGACAGGUUAUUUCCAGCGAGCAAGUGGACACCCUUAGAGAGUUGGAUAUCUCUGCUGCUACCCUUCAUAGGGAGCGAGUGACCCACCAGGCUGCAGUGCUGCAGUCACAAGAGGUAGAAGAGAGAGUGUCUGUGACUCCCACCAGACCACCUCCAGCUUCAGCUGCGCCUAUUAAACAACUGCAUAUGGCCGCUUUUACAUCUGCUGUCCAAGAGAGCCAAAAGCUCGUAGAGCAACAUUCUGACCGUAUCCAAAGCCCGGAAAUCUUAGAGCUUGUUCCUGCAAGGGAACAUCAUUCAAACAUAAUGUCUGCCACAUCAGAAGAGGUUAUUCCUCUAAUCACAGUGAGAACUGAGGUUUUAGGAGACAGAAAACCAGAACAGAUUAAGUCAUCUAAGGAACCAAAACAGGUCGUCAGUAGUCAUCUAGUUGAAACCAGGUUACCAAUUCUGAAAGAGAAAUUAGGUAUAACCACUAGGCCUGAGGAAGAGAGAAGCUUCAGAGUUACAGAGGGGGUUAAGAUUUUAUAUACCGCUACAUCGACUGGGCAACUGCCACUAUCAGAGUGCCAUUGUGAUACACUAUCAACAUCGGAUAAACCCACUCAGUCCCUGCUAGAGAAGGAACGUCCUAACCUAGUGGUCGCACCGGUCAGUGAGACUCAACAUACUUUAUCCAAAGAGCAGAGAUUUGAAAUACACAAACCUAAACAAGAGAGUGCUUUGGUAAGUAAAGAUAGGUUAUUUAAAUCAGCCAUGAGCGCUGAAGAAAAACAUCUGCUCCAGACUGAACACUCAAAAGCUGUUCCAGGUUUGGAAAGCGCUAUGUCUUUGCAGUUUGAGAAAGAAGAGGAACAGCUCUUACAUCUACAAAUGAUUAGUAAGCAAGAUAUAUUGCAGUCUGAAGGUAGAUUUACUUGCGAGAAGCAAUUGCCAGAGAGUGCAGAUGCAAGAAAAAGCCCUACUUUGUUGCACACAGUCACCCACAAUGAAUGGAAAUCUGUCACUUGUGAGAAGAUAUCUGAGUUUUCAGCUCAGCUGGACACAAUUUCAAUUGAACCAAGAAAAGAGGCCAAAGCUCCUUUACAUCUUCAGUCUAUUCAGUCAGAAAGUGUGUUACCUAAAGAAGGUAUACUUAGUCCUGAGAAGCCAGAUCAGCAGACUGCAGUACAGAAACAGGAAAGAGCCCGCAAACAUGCAGCAACCUCAGAGGAUAAAAGGGAGUUUAGUGCAGAUUAUUCCAAAGAUCUUGAUGUGUCCGUGACAGGAGUUCAGUCAGAGCUUAGAACAGAACCCAGACCACAGAACAUUCUUCAGGUCACUUCACAGCCCAUGCAGCUACCCAAAGAAACACCAUUUACUAGUGAUGUCAAACAGCAGCGUGCAUUAAUCGAAAAGGAGGAUCGCUGGAACAUUAUGCAAUCAGUAACUGUGGUUGACACUCAAAGUAUAGAAGAGGGGCAUACCAUAAGUUUGAAAGCAAAUGAUGCAUUCAAACCUGUAGUGAAAAUUGAACCAAAGAUCCCGACAAAGCCUGUCUAUAUUGAAGAGAAGGCAAUAGCAACUGAAGGUUGUGCCAUUUUACAUGCAGCUGAACAGGAUUUUGCUGUUCAGAUCCACGAAGGUCAGUCAGUGAGACAAUCAAUUUUAUUGGAGGAGAAACACAUCAUUGUUGGUGAGCAAUCAAGUGAAAUUGGAAAAUCUGCAGGAUUGGUUGUCAGUGUAAAGACUCAGCCUAAAGGGGUAUUAUUUGUGCACGAGUCUCAGGAGAGCCAAGUUCUUCCAAAGGAACUUACCUUUGUGAUCCCAAUGCCAAAACCAACAACUUUGGGCAUCAGACAUCAGUUGAAAACGGCGCUUCAGUCUGCUGUGGCUCGUGACCAGCCACUUAUACUUGCAGAUGUUGUUGAGAGAUUGGAGGCUGUCGAGGUACAGGAAGUGAAGGUAGGUAGGGAAACUAAGGGUGCAAUGUUCACCUACCUUAUCACAACACCAGGUGCCCCCAUGGAAAUAACAAUUGCUUUUGAAGGAGAAUACACUCAGACUGCUGAUCUGAGGACAGAACUCCAAGCAGCUUUCCAUGCUAUAGUUUAUAGAGAGCAACAGACCCUCAUUUUGGACCAACCUGGCACAAUGCAAAUAGUCAAGCCUCAGAAAACAAAUGUUAGCAGUGCAAAAUCCAAAGAAAUGCUGUCAUCGGUGGUGGAAACUGUCAGAGUAACAGAGAGUGCAGCGGGUUUCGCAUCCCCUGUAGCCCAGUCUGCUGCUCAGAAGACUGAAACGAUGGCUUCGUUCCAAAGCAUAACAGCUCAGGAUCGCACUGUGGUGCAUGAAUCCAGGCAGACUACUAGGCAGGAGACCAGAUCUGUGACAGUAAAAAGCCAUGAUGAGAGAGAUGUAGGUGCUGCAGAUUUAACCACAGCAGUACCCUUCGCCUCUGUCCCUGUCGAACAGUCUCAUGUGUUUAUACAGAGAGAAACGAUGGAGGAGUUUCUGUCAGAGGCAGUUAUGAUUAGUAAACUUCCUGAGCAAUUCACUAAAGCUUAUCCCAUUAUUGUAACUCCCCUGGAGGAUAUUUGUUCAGAGAAGAAUAGUAUGGUUACUUUUAGUGUAACCAUAAUGUGUGUCACAAAAGUUAACUGGCUUUUCAAUGGAAAGUUGGUCAAAUCUGGCAAAGAAUUUAAGUGUUCGAAAGACCAUGACACAUACACACUAGUAAUCGGCAAGAUUGUCAAGGAGAAGCACGAAGGAGAAUAUAUCUGUGAGGCUGAGAAUGAAGCUGGCAAGGCUACAACAACAUCAAGACUCACUGUUGUCUCGAGAGUGCCACCGGUUUUCAGGUACAAAAUCCAGCCCUUGGAGAUCAAUGUUGGCAGCCAGGCCAAGUUCGAAUGUGAGAUUGAAGAUGCACCAAAUGUGCAGUUCAAGUGGUUCAAGUCUGGCACUCCUAUCAAAGAGAGUCCAAAUUGCAGGAUCAUCAGUCGGCAUCUGAUAUCUUCAUUGGAGCUUCUGAGCCCAACCAAAGCUGACAGUGGUGAAUAUACCUGCAAGGCUACAAACCAGAAUGGCAGUGACACCUGUGCCGCCAAACUCAACAUAACUGAACUUUUCCCACCUGCCUUUAUUACUAAGCCUGAUCCAUUGACAUUGUAUGUUGGGAAAAAGGCAAACAUUCAGUGUGUAGUCACUGGAUCUUCACCGAUGACUAUUGUCUGGCAUAAAGACAACAAUGCCAUUUCUUCGGGGGGAAACUACAAAAUCUCCUCAGAAAAGAAUAAAUAUAUUCUUGAAAUAUCAGAACUUGAACUUACUGAUCAAGGUGUUUACCUGUGUAAAGCGUUCAACAGUGUUGGAACUGCUGUGUGCAGCACGGAGAUGAAGGUCAUCAACAAACCCUAUUUUGUGAAAACACUUGAAUCAGUGUCAGUCGCUGUUGGAAAUCCACUGCACCUUGAGUGUCAGUUGGAUGAGGAUACCGGAGUGUCCAUCACCUGGAUAAAAGAUGGCAAAAAGCUCCAUCAAACAAUGGAUUGUAAACAGUCUUUUGAAGAUAAGAUGGUCACUCUUGAUAUUCCAAAAGGAAAACUUAAAGACACUGGAAACUAUGUCUGUACAGCUGCCAAUGAUGCUGGAAGCACAAGUUGCUCCACUUCAGUAAAGGUUCAAGAACCCCCAGUCUUUGUAAAGAGACUGGAGCCCAACUUGGUCUGGAAGCAAGGCAUAGCUGCACGUUUGCAGUGCACAAUCAAAGGGUCACCUGAACUCCAUGUCACCUGGUUUCUAAAUGACAAAGAGCUCUCGGCUGGCGUGAAAUACAAAAUCACUUUCAAGGGCGGUUUUGCUACUUUGGAGAUCAGUGAAAUUGCUUUGUUAGACAGUGGAAAUUACACAUGUGAAGUGCUGAAUGAAGCUGGCUGUGAGAGCUGUAGCACCAAGUUAACUAUAAAAGAACCACCCUCCUUCAAAAAGGAAUUGCAAAUGGUUGAAGCAGUCAGGGGCACUGUUGCUCUCUUCCAAUGUGAAGUUGCAGGCACUGCCCCAUUUGAAUUCAAUUGGUUUAGGAGUAAGAAACCACUCACUUCCGAUAGGAAAUACAAGAUUGUUUCUCAGGACUCGAUUGCUUCUUUGGAGAUCUGCUCAUUUGAAAGUGCAGAUGUUGGGGAAUAUCAAUGUGUUGUGUCAAAUGAUGUUGGUUCAAUCACUGCAAAGACAAUUGCCAAACAGAAAGAACCACCAUCAUUCGCAAAGAAGAUUGAGAACACUACAGCAGUUUUGGGCAAUGCUGUUAAACUGCAGGGUACUAUAAAAGGCUCUGCCCCUAUUACUGUCAAGUGGAUGAAGGAUUCUGAAUGGCUUAGGGAUGAUGCCCCUAAUAUCACCAUGGCAUUUCAGAAUAAUAUUGCCAUUUUGACAAUAGCAACUGUUGACAUUUGCCAUGGUGGAAAGUACACUUGCCAAGCAGAGAAUGAGGCUGGUCAACAAAAAUGUGAAACCUCUUUAGCAGUUCAAGAACCCGCUAGAAUCUUAGAGAAAGCUGCAUCCAUCAACGUGACUUCAGGGGAAUCAGCAACCUUGGAAUGCACAAUUGCAGGAAGCCCGGAUCUUAAAGUGAAAUGGCUCCAAGAUGGAAAGGAGAUUACAGGAGGUCGAAAAUAUAAAAUCACUCUUAAAGACAAUGUAGCCAUCUUAAAGAUUGUUGCGGCAGAGAAAGGAGGCACAUGUGAAUACACGAUGGAAGUGUCCAACCGCGUCGGAAAAGAUCAGUGCUCUUGUUCAGUCACAGUGCUAGAUCGUGUUCUUCCACCAUCUUUCACAAAAAAUCUUAAGAAAGUUGAUGGAAAUAUUGGUAACAACAUUACUAUGGAGAGCAAAGUAUCUGGAUCUCAGCCCAUGUCCAUCUCUUGGUACAAAGACGAUAAAGAAAUAACAGCUGGACAGAAAUAUCAACUUGAAAUGAAAGAAACCACGGCUACAUUGGGAAUAAUCCAAAUAGAAAAGUGUGAUGAGGGAGUAUACACAUGUCGGGCAACAAAUUCUGCUGGAUUUAAAGAGAGCAGUGGAACCUUAUGUGUUAAAGAACCUCCAAUCUUCACAUUAAAACCUGACAACCAAGAUGUCGUACCAGGAUCUACUGUUGUCCUGAAGUCUGCUUUCACUGGAACAGCUCCUCUUACUGUUAAGUGGUUCAGAGAGGACAAGGAGAUAACCACUAGAGGCGCAAGUUUUAUCAAGAAAGACGCUUCUUCAAGUUUCUUGGAACUUCACUCAGUGAAACCCAGUGACUCGGCUAACUACACUUGCCAAGUGGCCAAUGAUGCUGGGAAGGUGGCAUGCUCUGCAGUCUUGUUUGUAAAAGAACCACCUCAGUUUUCAAUGAGGCUUGAGCCAUUAAAACUGGUGAAAAAUGGACAACCACUUACGUUGACAUGCAAAGUCACUGGCAGUCCAGUGAUCAACGUUAAGUGGCUUAAGAAUGAGACUGAAAUCGCUUCAAAUGAUAAAUGCAGACUGUCCUUCACUGACUCAGUUGCUUCACUUGAUAUUGUGAACUGCUCUGUUGAUGAUAGUGGAGAUUAUAUUUGUGUGGCAUCAAGUGAUGCUGGUAGUGACCACUGCGGCAGCACAGUUACAGUCAAAGAACCUCCCAUGUUUGUGACAGCUUUUGAGUCCAAAGAAGUUGUGAAAGGCUCUGAUGUUAUAUUCGAAGGAGUUAUUUCAGGCUCAGCUCCAUUUGAAAUAUCUUGUUAUCAGGACACCAAGCAGAUCAGAAAUGACAAAAGGCAUAAGAUAAAUAUACAAGAUGGUGUAGUCACUCUUCAGAUUCUUAAAUGUGAAUCUGGGGAUGCUGGAAAAUACCAAUGUAACAUAGAAAAUGAAGUUGGGAAGACAACAUGUGAUUACCAAAUUACAUUAAAAGAACCACCCUCGUUUGUACAGAAAAUAGAGAACAUCAGUUCUUUAGUUGGCUCAGAGAUUUCUAUGCAGUGCACUUUAAAGGGAUCACUGCCCAUGACUGUAUCAUGGAUAAAGGAGGAUCAUGAAGUUAAAGAAGGCGAACAUAUAAAGAUAUCUUAUGAGACCAGAACGGCAGUGUUAACUUUAAGAAACACUCAGAUGAAACAUGGUGGAAAAUAUAUUUGUCAGGCACAGAAUGAGGCUGGAAGUCAGAAAUGUGUUGCCACGCUUACAGUCAAAGAACCUGCAAAUAUUACUGAGCAAGCCAAGUCUAUCAGUGUAACAACAGGAGAUCCAGCUACUCUUGAAUGCAGGUUCUCAGGAUCUAAAGUCCUCAAAGCCGUGUGGCUGAAGGAUGGAAGAGAGCUGACAUCAGGUCAAAGAUACAAAGUACAGAGCAGAGAUAAGAGCUCUGUACUGAAGAUACUCACUACAGAGAAAAGUGAUAGUGGUGAAUACACCUUUGAGGUUUCAAAUGAUGUUGGAAGCAGCACCUGUGAGGCUUCAAUCACUGUUCUAGAACCGCCAUCUAUUCUAGAAAAAGCUGAAUCAAUGGAUGUUUUGCCUGGAUCAAAGGUUCAGUUUAAUGUCCUUUCGUCUGGCACGCCACCCUUGACCAUGAAAUGGUUUAAAGACAAGAAGGAGAUCUUAUCAAGCUCGGAUUGCUCUGUGAUUAAAGAUUACAACUCUACUUCACUGGAGCUCUUCUUUGCCAAAACGUCAGACUGUGGAAACUAUGUCUGUGAAAUACAUAAUGACGUCGGCUCUGAUGUUUGCCAGGCAACGCUCUUUGUCAAAGAACCUCCCAGUUUCCUUGAAAAACCUGACAAAUUAUCAGUUGUGAAACUUAGAGAAAAUAAACACUUUGAGUGCCAUGUUGGUGGCACUCCAGAAAUACAAGUGCACUGGUUCAGAGAUGGGAAGGAGAUAAGUCGUAGUGACAAAUACAAAAUGUUCUUUGUUAAGUCUGUGGCGAGCUUAGAGAUAAUUGGUGCUGAUACCAAUGACAGUGGAGUAUACUUCUGUGAGGCCCGUAAUGAGGCAGGCAGUGAGAGCUGCAGCAUGGAGCUAGCUGUGAAAGAGCCCCCAACAUUUAUUGGAGAGUUAACGCCUGUUGAAGUCGUGAAGGGCUCUAUGACUGUCUUUGAAUGCCAAGUGGCAGGAACUGGUCCGUUUGAGGUUACAUGGCACAAAGAUAAAAAGCAGAUCAAAACCAAUAAGAAGCAUGCAAUUUAUGAAUAUGGUAAUGUCAUGAGCCUGAAAAUACAGGAAUUUGAUGCUUUAGAUGUUGGUGGUUAUCAGUGCACAGUUUCAAAUGAGGUGGGAAGCUGUUCGUGUAGCACCACAAUGUCUAUGAAAGCGCGACCGUCUUUUGUAAAGAAGAUGGAAAAUGCUUCCUCUGUUUUGGGGAGUGUCGCUACAUUUCAGUGUGUUGUGAUGGGAUCGCCAUCUCUGUCUGUACAAUGGAAAAAAGAUGAGAACUGGAUCUUGGAAGAUCCUAAAACUGAAAGGAUCUUUGAAAAUAAUGUGGCAACUCUAAGGAUUCCUAUCUGUGAGGCCUGUCACAGCGGGAAAUAUACCUGCCAGGUUGCAAAUGAGGCUGGACAGGACAAGUGCUUUGCAACCCUGAUGGUGCAAGAACCACCUAAGAUUAUAGAAAAACCAGAGGUGAUAAAUGUCACUCUAGGUGAUGCAGUCAGUUUGGAGUGCAAGGUCUCUGGCACCCCUGAGAUCAAAGUAAAGUGGACAAAAGAUGGAAUAGAACUCACACCCAGCAGGCAAAAUAAACUUAACUUUGAGAAUAACCUCAGUAGUUUGAAGAUUCAGUCUACACAACUGGAAGAUGCAGGGGAUUACCUGUUUGAGGCUACAAACUCUGUUGAUACCUGCAGCUGCAAGGUUAAAUUGAUUGUCGUAGAACAAGUCAUUGCGCCUACUUUCAUCAAGAAAUUAAUGGAGAUUCAGGAGGUUUUGGGCUCUGUAGUUUAUAUGGAAUGCAAAGUCGCUGGUUCUUUGCCAAUAUCAGUGCAAUGGACCAAAGACGGCAGUGUCCUUGCAAGUAAAACCAAGUAUCAGUUAGAGCAGAAAGACAACACUGUGUCUUUGGAAAUUAAGAAUUUUGAGGAAGAGGAUACAGGGGAGUACUUGUGUAAAAUCACAAACAAAGCUGGAAGUAGUGAUUGCAGUGGUGCAUUAAAAGCAAAAGUGCCACCAAGCUUCGUAUCUGAACCUGAGUCCCAGGCUGUCAUUCCCAAAGCCACUGUACACUUCCAGGGUGUCUUUCAAGGAACACCUCCUUUUACAGUCAAAUGGUUCAAGGAUGACACUGAACUGAUAACUGGACCAUCAUAUUCAGUUGGACUGGGAGGCUUAUCUUGCUUCUUAGAUAUUUACUCAGUUGGAUUUUUGCAAAGUGGAACGUACUCUUGCCAAGUUAGCAAUGACGCUGGCACUGUGAAGUGUACAACCAAUCUAUUGGUGAAAGAACCUCCUGAAUUCGUACUGAAAUUGCCACAUACAAAGUUCGUGAAGCAAGGCGAGCCACUCCAUCUUGAAUGCAAAGUUACAAGUGUGCCCUCUCUGCGAAUGCAGUGGUACAAAAAUGACAAUAAGAUAACAGAUGGUGACAACUGUAGAACUUCAUUUGUUGACUCAAUGGCAGUCCUUGAGCUGCGCUCCACAAGAUAUGCUGAUGAUGGAGUAUACACCUGUGAGGCACAGAAUGAUGCUGGGGCUGUAAACUGCAGCACCAUCAUCACAGUGCAAGAUCCACCAAGUUUCAUGAAAGUACCGAAACCUGUAGAGGGGAUCAAAGGAAAAGAUGCUAUGCUAUACUGUGAACUGUAUGGCACAGAACCCUUUGAGAUAAUCUGGUACAAAGACAAAAAGCCACUUAAGGAAAGCAGGAAAUAUAAGAUGGUGAAUGAGAGUAGCUCUGCCACUCUCCAUAUUCUUGCAGUGGACCCCUCAGAUGUUGGUGAAUAUGAGUGCAGGGUCACAAACAAAGUAGGAUAUGAAACAUGCCAUACAACAGUUACGCUCAGAGAAGCACCUGUUUUCGUGAAGAAACUGGUAAACCAGUCUGUCAAAUUGGGUGAAGAAGUCACUCUGAUGGCCACCGUCAAAGGCUCUCAGCCUAUAACUGUUUCUUGGGUGCAAGAUAAGGAUCAUGUUCUUAGGGAUGGAGACAACCGGAAAAUCACAUUUGAGAACAGCGUGGUCACCCUGAAGGUCUUUAAGGCUGACCAAACCACAGGUGGCAAAUAUACCUGCCAACUCAAAAAUGAUUCUGGAGUUGUGGAAUGUGUUUCCAACCUCACUGUCUUAGAACCGGCUACCAUUGUGGAUAGCCCAGAGUCAUUCAAUGUCAAGGCGGGUGAUUCAGCAACUCUUGAAGUCACUGUAGCCGGAACACCAGAAUUGAAAUCUAAGUGGUUCAAGGAUGGUGUUGAGCUCUCCUCUGGCACCAAGCAUAAGAUAACCUUCUCAAAGAAUAUCUCCAGCCUGAAAGUCAUGUCGACAGAGAGAGUUGAUACAGGAGAAUACAAAUUUGAGGUCAAAAAUGAGGUUGGCAGUGUUUCCUGCAAAACAACCGUCACUGUCCUAGAUAAGAAGAUUCCACCCACAUUCAUCAGGAAACUGAAAGACACCCAUACUAUUGUUGGUAAACCUGGUGAAAUGGAAUGCAAAGUUGCAGGUUCUCCACCUUUCACUAUCUCUUGGCACCACAUUGGUCAGGAGAUCAAUAGUGGACCAAAUCACGAGAUUAUUUGCAGUGACAACACCUGCAAAGUUAAACUGCCAACUCUUAAGUUGUCAGACUCUGGAAAAUACACAUGCAAAGCCGUUAACACAGCAGGAGCCAGUGAAACAAGUGCUUCUAUGAUUGUACAAGAACCUCCAACCUUUGUGGAAAAACCUCAGGCAAAGGAAGCUCUGCCUGGUGCAAAUGUAACAUUUUCAGCAACAGUCCACGGAAGUGCCCCACUGAAAAUGAAAUGGUUCAGGGGCACCAGGGAAAUUGUGUCUGGAAAGGGCUGUGAAAUUUCUCUCCAGGGCAAUGCAGCUACUUUGGAGCUAUACAAAGUGGCCAAAUCAGAUGCUGGAGAGUAUACAUGCCAGAUUAUUAAUGAUGCUGGGAAGGAAAGUUGCCCAGUUAAUCUGUUCAUGAAAGAACCAGUACAGUUUGUGAAGAAGCUGAAGGACAUGUCUUCUGAAAAGGGGAAACCUUUGAAACUUGAAUGCACAUACAAUGGAACUCCCAAAAUAUUUGUGACUUGGUUGAAAGAUGGGAAACAGCUCUAUGCCUCUUAUCAGUAUAACGUGUUGACCACAGAGACUUCCUGCAUCUUGGAAGUACUCAAUAGCGAUAGCAUGACGGCAAGUGGGAAAUACUCUUGCGAAGUUACCAAUGGAGUCGGAACUGAUAUCUGCCAUGCUCAAGUGACCUUAUUAGAACGACCAUUCUUUGUUGAGGAAUUGGAACCAAUGGAAGUCACUUCUGGUGAUCCAGUUUGCUUGAAAUGCCGCAUUGGAGGAACCCCUGAUAUUAGUGUGUCCUGGUUCAAAGCUGACGGAAAGCUUCGUGCUACCAAUACUUGUCAAAUGACAUUUUCAAAUGGCAUUGCGACUUUGAUACUAAGCAAACCGUCAAAGGUUGAUACUGGUGAAUACACAUGCAAAGCUGAGAACAGAAUUGGAUCUGCCUCCAACAGCUGCCACUUAUCAGUGAAAGAUGUCAAAACACCACCUUCCUUCCCCAAGAAACUUACUAGUCUUGAACAGGCUGUAGGACAGCCAGUCAUAUUUGAGUGUCGUGUUGUAGGAUCCUCUCCUUUAGAAGUCUCCUGGCUAAAAGACAAUGGAUCUUUAAAAAAUGAUGGAGAAUACUUAAUGUCUUAUGAUGAUAACACUGCUGCCCUAAAAAUUGCACGAGGUGAAAUGAAACACUCUGGGGAAUACACUUGUAUAGCUACAAAUAGUGUUGGAACUGCAUCUUGUAAAGCUAAGCUCGAGCUUCAAAUUCAAGAACCAGUACACUUCAUCAAGAAGCUGGCAGACAUUUCAGUUGUCAAGGGCAAACAUUUGAAACUCGAAUGCACAUACUCUGGAACGCCCAGCAUAUUUGUCACCUGGCUGAAGGAUGGGAAACAACUCUAUGCCUCUUAUCAGUAUACUGUGACAACCACAGACACCUACUCUAUGUUGGACGUCCUUAACAAGCGCAAAAUCUCCCCCAACUUCACCAAGAAGCCUGCAGAGACAAUGGAAGAUACAGAGGGUCAUUUGGUGAAGAUUGAGGGUCGUUUAUCUGGAUCUCAACCCAUUGACAUCGUUUGGUCCAAGAAUCACAGUGAAAUUCACGCCUCUGAUAAGUACGAAAUGGAAUUCAAGAGCAACGUGGCCAUGCUGUAUAUCAAGAGCUCCCAACUCUCAGACAGUGGUGCUUAUACCUGCACAGCCACCAAUGAAGCUGGCAGUGCCUCCUACCAAGUGUCACUUAACAUUUCAGGAAAAGAAGUCAAACCUGAGGUCGCUGCUGCAGCCCCAGCUCCAGCAAAGACUCCAAUAAAGAGAUUCGACAACUUGUUCUUUGUAGAUGAGCCCCAGAGUGUAAAUGUAACAGAGAAGGGCACUGCAACUUUCAUUGCCAAAGUUGGAGGUGAUCCUAUUCCUAACGUGAAAUGGAUGAAGGGCAAGUGGAGGCAGAUCACUCAUGGUGGACGCAUCACUAUUGAGCAGAAAGGCCCAGAUGCCAAGUUGGAGAUCACAGAAAUAACUAAAUCUGACUCCGGACAGUACAGAUGUGUCGCAACUAACAAAGCAGGAGAAAUAGAAUGCAGCACUGACCUGAAUGUUGACGAAAGGAAAGACACCGGGGGAGGAGAUGGAGACUUCAGAGCAAAACUGAAGAAGACACCAUCCAAACAGAAAAGUCCAAAGAAGGAGGGAGAGAUUGACCUCGUGGAGAUUCUUAGGGGUGUGGACCCCAAAGACUAUGAAAAAGUUGUUAGAGAAUACGGAAUCACUGACUUCCGUUGUCUUCUUCAGGCCAUUGAGCAGCUGAAGAGAGAGAAAGAAGCGGAAAGUGGAAAACCGGAAACUGAGCAUGGAGGAGGAUCUAAGGAUACGGCCAAGUUUAUGGCUGAGUUGCAAUCAAGAAUGCAGGCUGAGCCUGUCACUCUGGUGAGCGACAUUGAAGACCAAGAUACCACUCCAUUAAGGACAGCAACCUUUGAGUGUGACAUCAAGAUCAACUACCCUGAGAUCACCCUGUCCUGGUACAAGGGAACUCAGAAGCUUGACAACGAUGACAAAUAUGAAAUCAGCAUUGUUGGUGACCGUCACAUCUUGAAGAUCAAGCAGUGUCAAACCAAAGACCAGGGAAACUACCGUGUUAUGGAGAUCAACAAGGAGAAAGGAUACCCGUUGAUGAAAGUGUUUCCAAAACUCAAGUGGGAACAAGAGAAGGAGUACCUAAAGCUCAAGCAGUCAGUUCUUGAAUGUGACCUUAGAAUACUUGUAUUUAAAGUGAAACCAGUGCAGAAGAAAGCCUCCCCACCACCUCAGAUACCAAAGCCUUCACCUGCUCCUCUUGUAGAAACAGUGUCUCCUACUGAAGGUAAUAAGGGUCCUGUAACAGCACCCGGGGGAGCUGGCAAAGAUGGGAAACCAAAAGAGGAUGCUGCCGGUAGAGGUAGAGGUAGAGGCAUUCAAGCUAAGCAAACCCCCUCACCUGGUGGUGGUCGGGGUAGAGGACUGAAGCCCGGUGCUGGAGGAGACAAACCCCCAGAUGCUAAUCCUUUUGGAUUCCAGCUCAAAGCAGUUCCACUGAAGUUUACGAGACCACUCAAAGACAUAGUAUUACAGGAGGCUGAAUCAGUCGGCGCUUCUGCUACGUUUGAGUGCGAGGUUUCGCCUUCUACUGCAAUUACUUCAUGGAUGAAAGAUGACGCCAACAUAAGAGAGAGCCCAAAACACAAGUACUACUCUGAUGGCAAAGAUCGCAAACUGCUCAUCAUUGAUGUGCAAGUUUCUGACACUGGUGAAUAUACUUGUGUUGCCAAGCUGGGCAACAAGGAAAAGACAACAACCGCCAAACUAAUAGUAGAAGAAUUGCCUGUGAAGUGGGUAAAGACUCUGGAAGAGGAUGGUAUGUCGGUCCUCAAGACUCAGCCUAUGUACCUGACCUGUGAGUUGAACAAAGAGAGAGAUGUGGUCUGGAAGAAAAGUGGUGUCCCUCUUAAAAACAUCCCUGGAAAAGUGGCUAUCAAUGUCAUUGGAAUGCAGCAUGCCAUUACAAUCCAGGACACGGGAGAUGACGACGCUGGGAUCUACGCUUGCGAGUGUGAUGACAUCAGGACUAAAACAGAUGUCAAAAUCAUUGAAAUUAUCAGAGACUGGUUGCAGAAACCAUUGAGAGAUCAGCAUGUGAAACCCAAGACCACUGCCACUUUCAAAUGCGAGCUCUUCAAAGAAACCCCCAACUGGAAGUGGUUCCAUGGCGACAAGGAGAUUCCUAAUGAUCCCACUGACAAGACUGAGGUUAAGAAAGAAGGCAAAGAACUGACUCUCAUAGUUAAGAAAGUAUCACCUGAUGAUAUUGGGCAAUAUGCCAUGGAGGUUGAAGGCCGCAGAUACACAGCUAACCUGACUCUUGGAGAACGUGAAGCUCAGAUCUUGAAGCCUAUCUCCAGUAUGGAGGUUGUUGAGAAAGAGGAGGUUACGUUUGAAACUGAAAUAUCUGAAGAGGAUGUGGCUGGAGAAUGGAAACUUAAAGGUCAAGUCCUGCAAAGAUCACCGAUGGUUGAAAUCAAAUCUGAGGGCCAGAAACGUUUCCUCACUCUCAAAAAUGCUCAGCUUGACCAGUGUGGUGAAGUGUCUUAUCAAGCUCUGAACGCUAUCACGAGUGGGGUGCUCACAGUCACAGAAAUGGAAAUGGACUUCACAGUCCCCUUGAAGGACGUGUCUGUACCUGAAAAGAAACAGGCUAUGUUUGAGUGUACUAUCACAAAGGAUGUGCCUAAAGUCAUGUGGUUAAAGGGGUCAGACAUCCUGUCGACAGGCGAUAAAUAUGACAUUAUUGAUGAUGGAAAGAAACAUAUAUUGGUCAUAAACAACUGUGAAUUUGAUGAUGAGGGACAAUACACUAUUGAAGUCUUGGGCAAAAAGUCAACAGCCCAGUUGACUGUGGAGGGUAUGAGGCUCAAAUUCAUAACACCACUAAAGGACCAAACUGCCAAGGAAGGUCAAACAGCUCGGUUUGAGGUUGAGCUCUCUCAUGAGAAGGUACCCCUGACAUGGUACAAAAAUGAAAUCAAACUCCAUGUGAGCAGGACUGUGCUCAUCCAUUUUGAAGGAAAGAAACACACCUUAGAAAUCAAGGAGUUGACUCUAGAUGAUACCUGCCAGAUUAAGGCAGAGGCUAAAGGAAUUCCCUCAACGGCAAACUUGACGGUGCUAGAGGGUGACGCAUACUUCACAGUGAAGUUGCAGGAUUACACCGCAGUCGAGAAGGACGAGGUCACUCUGGACUGUGAACUCAGCAAAGAUGUCCCUGUGAGGUGGUACCAUAAUGAGACUGAAAUUAAGGCCUCUAAGAUGGUAACCAUAAGGGCUGAGGGCAACAAAAGAAUGUUGUCUAUCAAGAAAGUGGAAGGAAAAGAUAAGGGACAAUACCUAUGUGAUUGUGAUACGGACAAGACCAUGGCAACCAUUAGCAUUGAAGCUCGUGAUAUCAAGGUAUCUCGCCCAAUGUAUGGUGUUGAGCUCUUCGAUGGCGAGACCGCUCGUUUUGAAGUGGAAAUCUCUGAAGAUGAUGUCCAUGGCCAGUGGAAACUGAAGGGAGAAACCCUUUCACCUUCCCCAGAUAUUGAAAUCAUUGAGGAUGGUGCCAAGCACACUUUGACAUUAUACAACUGCAAGGUCUCCCAGACAGGAGAGGUUGGAUUCACAGCUGCCAAUGCUAAGUGUACAGCCAACCUGAAAGUGAAAGAACUGCCACUGACCUUUAUCACACCUUUGAGUGAUGUGCAAGUGUAUGAGAAAGAUGAGGGAAGAUUUGAGGUUGAGAUUUCAAGACCAACCAAGACCUUCCGUUGGCUCAAGGGAUCUCAGGAGUUGGAAAAUGAUGACAAGUUUGAGAUUAUCCAUGAAGGAAAGAUACACACUCUGGUGGUCAAAAAGGCUGCAUAUGAGGAUGAAGCUAAAUACAUAUUUGAGGCUGAGGACAAGAGGACCACAGGAAAACUAGUUAUCCAAGGUAUACGCCUUGAGUUUGUCAAGCCCAUCAAGGAUGUCACAGUCAAGGAGCGUGAAACAGCAGAGUUCAGUAUUGAACUGUCACAUGACAAAAUCUCUGUCGUCUGGUACAAGAACGACAUCCGUCUGCACCCCAGCAAGGUUGUGCACAUGUCAGACAAUGGCAAGAUGCACACCUUGACUUUCAAGCAGGUGUCCAUUGAUGACACAUCCAUGAUCAAAGUGGAAGCCUUGGGCAAGAGCUCUGAGGCCAUGCUCACUGUUCUUGAGGGAGAACCUUACUUUGUCACAAAACUGCAAGACUACACUGCCGUUGAGAAGGACGAAGUGAUGCUGGUUUGUGAACUUAGCAAGACCUCUGCUGAGGUGAAAUGGUUCAAGGACGGCCAGGAGAUCAUGCCUAGCAAGAAUCUGAUCAUUAAAACCGAUGGAAAGAGGCGUUUGCUGACAGUGAAGAAAGCAGAGAAGGGCAACAUUGGAGAGUACACUUGCGAUUGUGGUUCUGACAAAACCACAGCCAGGCUGGACAUUGAGGAGCGUGACAUUAAGGUUGUUCGUCCACUAUACAGCGUGGAAGUGACAGAAACUGAAAUUGCCAAGUUUGAGACCGAGAUCUCUGCCGAUGAUGUCCAUGGUCACUGGAAACUCAAAGGAGAGGCCCUUCAUCAGUCUCCCGACUGUGAGAUUAAGGAGGAGGGUACAAAGCAUGUCCUUAUCCUAUACAAUGUUCGCAUGGAUCAGGCCGGAGGUGUCGACUUCCAGGCUGCCAAUGCUAAAUCCAAUGCUCAGCUUAGAGUUAAAGCGCGGAGUAUAGGGCUUAUGCGGCCUCUCAAGGAUGUUACUGUUACUGCCGGGGAGACCGCCACUUUCGACUGUGAACUUACUUAUGAAGGAAUCGUUGUAGAAUGGUUCUUGGGAAGCACCAAGAUGGAGCUAGGUGAAAGGGUGGUCACCAGAGCAGAAGGCAGAGGACACAGCCUAACUAUCAGAAAUGUCAAGCUGACAGAAGCUGGGGAAGUCGGGCUCACUGCAAAGGACUUCAAGACCCAGGCCAAACUCAUUGUCAGGGAGCCACCAGUUGAGUUUACCAAACCUCUGGAGGACCAGACAGUUGAGGAAGAGGCCACUGCUACAUUGGAGUGUGAAGUCUCCAGGGAAAAGGCUGAGGUCAGGUGGUUCAGAGACACACAGGAGAUCCGCAAAACUAAGAAAUAUGACCUUAUUGUUGAUGGCCGAAAGAGAAGACUCAUCAUUCAUGGCUGUACUCUAGAUGACUCAAAGACAUAUACAUGCGAUGCUAAAGAAUUCAAAACCUCUGCUUUCCUGAAUGUUGAACCUCCACAUGUUGAGUUCUCUAAGCCACUCCAUGAUGUUGAGGUCAAAGAAAAGGAAAAUGCCAGAUUUGAGUGUGAGGUGUCUCGUGAGAAUGCCAAGGUCAAAUGGUACAAGGACGGCAACGAGAUCAGAAAGGGAAAGAAAUACGAGAUCAUUGCCAAUGGUGUCAAGCGUAUCCUUGUGGUCACCAAGACAGUCUUCGAUGAUGAAGCAGAGUACGAAUGUGACGCUAAGACCUCCAAGUCCUCUGGCAUGCUGACAGUUAUUGAGGAAGAGGCUAAGUUUACCAAGAACCUGUCUAAUGUGGAGGGAACAGAAACAGACAGUGUGAAGAUGAUUUGUGAAGUGUCGAAGGCCAGCGCUGAGGUCACCUGGUGGAAGGGAGACCAGGAACUACCAGAAGGAGGAAGAUAUGAACAGGUCACGGAUGGAAGGAAGAGAAUCUUCAUUAUUCAAGAUCUCAAGAUGGAGGAUGCUGGAGAGUAUAACUGCAGACUGCAUAACGCCAAGACAUCUGCAACAUUAACACUGAAUGAACUGGCUGCGGAGUUCAUUGCCAGGCCUCAGAGUCUUGAGGUGGUUGAAGGAGAAAAGGCUGAAUUUGUCUGCUCAGUCUCUAAAGACACCUAUGAAGUCAAAUGGCUCAAGGGUGACAAGGAGAUUGUUUCCGGAGAUAAGUAUGACGUUGUCUGUGAUGGCAAGAGAAGAGCACUGAUAGUGAAGAAUUGUACACCAAAUGAUGAAGGAGGCUAUGUCGCCUUCAUUGGGACUACCAAAGCCUCAGCUGACUUGUUUGUCAUUGAGAAACUCAGAAUCAUCACACCCAUCAAGGAUACGCAAGUGAAGGAAGGACAGGAGAUCAUCUUCAACUGUGAGGUGAACACUGAGGGAGCUAAAGCUAAGUGGCUGAAGAAUGAGGAGACCAUGUUUGAGAGCAGCAAGUUUGUCAUGAUCCAGAAAGACAACGUGUUCUCUCUGAGGAUCAAGGGUGCUCAGAAGGCAGAUGAAGCAACUUAUACUAUUACAUUGACAAAUCAUCGUGGUGAACAUGCCAAGAGCGAUGCCAAUGCCAAAGUACAAGAGGAGAAGCUCAAGAUUAUUGAGCCUCUUGAGGACUGUGAGACACAAGAGAAGAAGACCAUCAGCUUCACCUGCAAGGUGAACAGACCUGAUAUCACCAUCAAAUGGAUGAAGGCUGGCCAGGAGAUCACCAUGAGCAAACGCAUCCUGUACCGUGUGGAGAAAGAUAAGCACACACUGACCAUCAAGGACUGUGUCAUGGACGAUGAGGGUGAAUACACCGCCAUGGCUGGUGAUGACAAGUGCACUGCUGAGCUGAUCCUCAACGAAGCUCCCACUGACUUCUCCACACCACUCAAAGACCAGACCAUCACUGAGUUUGAGGAUGCUGAGUUUUCUUGCAAGCUGUCUAAAGAGAAGGCUGUUGUUAAAUGGUACAGGAAUGGUCGUGAGAUCAGAGAGGGACCCAGAUACUCAUUUGAAAAAGAUGGCAGGAUUUGCAAACUCAAGAUCAAGAAGUGCAGACCAGACGAUGAGUGUGAAUAUGCCUGCGGUGUGGAAGACAGGCGAUCCAGGGCCCGCCUCUUUGUUGAAGAGACCCCAGUCGAGAUCGUCAGACCACCUCAGGAUGUGUUUGAGCCCCCAGGCUCAGAUAUUGUGUUUGAGGUGGAGCUCAACAAAGACAGAGUUGAGGUCAAAUGGAUGAGGAACAACAUGAUCAUCGUCCAGGGUGACAAAUACCAGAUGAUGAGCGAGGGCAAGGUCCACAGACUCCAGGUGUGUGAGGUCAGGCCUCGUGACCAGGGAGAGUACAGAGUCGUUGCCAAGGAGAAGGAUGCCAGAGCCAAGCUGGAACUGGCAGCUGUGCCAAAGAUCAAGACUACUGAUCAGAACCUGGUCACAGACGCUGGAAAGCCUUUUGUCAUGGCGAUCCCCUACGAUGCCUAUCCUCGUGCAGAGGCUGAGUGGUUCUUCAACAUCGUUAGCCUGCCUGUGCAGAACAUUGACACCUCCGCAGACAAGACAGAAUACAGGCUGAAGAGCCCCAAGAAGACAGAUCAGGGCAGGUACAAGAUCGUCAUCAAGAACAAACACGGACAGGGAGAGGCAUUCAUCAAUCUGGAUGUUAUUGAUGUCCCUGGACCUGUGAAGAACCUCAAAGUGGUUGACACCGCCGACGGUGAGGUCAGCCUGGCCUGGGAAGAGCCAGAGAGUGAUGGUGGCAGCAAGAUCAUUGCAUAUGUGGUGGAGAGGCGUGAUAUCAAGCGCAAGACAUGGACCCUUGCCACUGACCGUGCUGACGCUCCAGAAUACUCUGUUAGCGGUCUCCAGAGGGACAACAAGUACCUCUUCAGAGUAUGUGCUCGCAACAGAGUGGGCAGUGGACCCACUGUGGAGACAGACGAAGCUGUCCAGGCCAAGAAUAAGUUUGAUGUGCCAGAGGCACCUGAGGACGUUGUGGUUGGCAUCGUGAACAGGUUCGGAGCCACAGUCUCCUGGGAAAAACCAAAGUCUGAUGGCGGAUCUGAGAUCACCUCCUACAUCAUUGAGUUCCGUGACAGGACCUCUGUGAGCUGGGAGGUGGCUAUGAUCGCCAAGGCUCUGGACCGCACAGCCACUCUCACUGAUGUCGUUGAGAACAAGGAAUACAUCUUCCGUGUCAAAGCCGAAAACAAGGCUGGCAUUGGCAAGCCAAGUGCUGCCACGGAUCCAGUUAAGAUCAUGGACCCCAUUGAGAAACCAAGCCCACCAUUGAACUUCAACUACACUGACCAGACAAAGAACUCUGUCCAGCUGACAUGGGAGACCCCCGCCAGCAAUGGAGGAAGCAUGAUCACUGGCUACAUUAUUCAGAAGUGUGAGGAUGGAACAGACAAGUGGCUCAGAUGCAAUGCCAGGCUCUGUCAGGACCUUAACUACAAGGUAUCUGGACUGAAGCAGGGGAUGAAGUACCACUACAGAGUGUGCGCAGAGAACGCAGCCGGAGUUUCAGAUCCAGCUGAUCAGCUUGGACCUCUCUUGGCAGACGAUUGUCAUGUUGGACCUUCCAUGGAUCUCAGUGGAUUUAAGGAUGGCCUGGAGGUCAUUGUUCCUCAUCCACUUGUCAUCCGCGUCCCUCUUCUUGGAUAUCCCACACCCACCGCCAAGUGGAGCUGUGGUGAUAAAGAGCUCACUGCUGGUGACCGUGUGUCCAUGGUUACAAGGAGCACCUACACAGAACUGACAGUGGCUCCAAGUGUGCGUCCAGACAAAGGCACAUACACUCUGCACCUGGAGAAUGAUGUGACCAGUGCCUUUGGAGAGAUUGAAGUCAAUGUUAUUGCAUCACCAAGUGCACCCAAAGACUUCAAGGUUUCCGAGGUGACAAGACACCAUGUGCACCUGAUGUGGGAGGCACCAGAGCAUGAUGGAGGAAGCCCAGUUAUUGGCUACCAAAUUGAAAAGAAGGAAGUGUCCCGCAAGACCUGGGUCAAGGUUUGCAUGGGUGUACAGGACCUGGAGUUCACUGUGGCAGAUGUCAUUGAAGGCAAAGAGUAUUUGUUCAGUGUUACUGCUAUCAACAAGUGUGGUCCAGGAGAGCCUGCCUACAUUGACGAGCCAGUCAAUGUGUCCUCCCCUGCCACUGUGCCGGAUCCACCUGAGAACCUGAAAUGGAGAGACAAGUCAGGAAAGGGCAUCUUCCUGUACUGGGAGCCACCCAAGUACGACGGCGGAGCUUCAAUCAAGAGCUACGUUGUAGACAAAUGCCAGCGUGGCACAGACAAGUGGGAGCCAUGUGGAGACCCACUGCCUGAGCUGAAAUUCCAGGUGACAGGUCUGAUUGAGGGACAGUGGUAUGCCUACCGUGUGAGGGCUGUCAACAGGCUGGGAGCAGGCAAACCCUGCAGGGCUACAGAUGAGAUCCUGGCUGUUGAUCCUAAAGAGCCUCCAGAGAUUCAACUGGACGUGAAGUUGCUGGCUGGUUUGACCGCCAGAGCCGGAACCAAGAUUGAGCUUCCAGCUGAUAUUGUCGGAAAGCCCGAACCCAAGGUAAAAUGGACCAAGGCUGACCUGGUCCUGAAGGGAGAUGAUCGCAUCACCAUCGAUACCAAGACAGGAAACUCCACUUUGUCUAUCGCCAAAACCGUCAGAGAAGACACAUCUACCUACAUCAUUGAGGCAGUCAACAGCAGUGGUCGUGCUACCGCAACUGUUGAUGUCAACAUUCUUGAUAAGCCUGGUCCUCCAGCUGCAUUUGAUAUCUCUGAGAUCACCAACCACUCCUGCUACCUGGCCUGGAACCCUCCCAGAGACGACGGAGGUUCUGUCGUCACCAACUACAUUGUGGAGCUCAGACCCUUCGACAAAGAGGAGUGGACCAAACUGUCAUCCACUGUGAAACAAACCACCUUCAAUGCCACAAAACUUACCCCUGAAAAGGAAUACGUCUUCAGAGUACAGGCUGAGAACCAGUACGGCAUCGGCGCCCCUAAUGAGCAUGUGCCAAUCAUCGCCAAAUACUCCUUUGAUCCUCCUGGUGCUCCAUCCAGAUUGCAGCCUUCUGAUAUUGCUAAGGACUCUCUGACUCUGACAUGGUACGAGCCUGAUGAGGAUGGUGGCAGUCCUAUCACUGGGUACUGGAUCGAGAGGUUCGACCCAGAAAAUGACAAAUGGAUCAGAUGCAACAAGCUGCCCAUCAAGGACAUCACCUUUAGGGUGAAGGGCCUGCCUACCAAGAAGAAGUACAAGUUCCGUGUCUUGGCCGAGAAUCUUGCAGGACCAGGAAAACCAAGCACUGAGACUGAUCCAGUCUUGGUCAAGGAUCCAAUUGAUCCUCCAUGGGCUCCUGGCAAACCCUUCAUCAGAGAAAUAGCUAAGACAUCUGCCUUCCUGCAAUGGACCAGGCCAGAGCACGACGGCGGUGCCAAGAUCGAGGGUUACAUCAUUGAGUUCCUGAAGACUGGUACCGAAGCAUGGAUCAGAGCAGCAGAGGACGUGCCCCAGACUGAGCACUUCCUGAAGGGUUUGAUGGAGAAACAGGAGUACUCAUUCAGAGUCAAGGCCGUCAACUGCGCAGGAGAGAGUGAGCCCAGUGACCCUAGCGAUCCUGUGGUCUGCAAGGAAAGACUCUAUCCUCCAUCACCUCCUCAAUGGCUUGAGGUGGCCAACAUCACAAAGAUCAACGCUGAGCUGAAGUGGCAAGCUCCUGACAACGACGGUGGCUCUCCAAUCACCAACUACGUUGUUGAGAAGAGGGACGUCAGGCGUAAGACCUGGACUGCGGUGGACACCACUGUGAAGGAGCUGAAGUACACUGUCACUCCACUGAAUGAGGGCUCUCUCUAUGUGUUCCGCGUGGCUGCUGAGAACGCAGUCGGACAGAGUGAUUACUGUGAACUGGAAGACUCUGUUCUAGCUAAAGAUACUUUCACCACUCCUGGGCCACCUUAUGCCUUGACUAUUGUGGAGGUGUCCAAGAGACACGUUGAACUGAAAUGGGAAGCUCCAAAGAGUAAUGGUGGGAGACCCAUUACAAAGUACGUCAUUGAGAAGAAAGAGAAACUUGGAACCCGCUGGGUGAAGUCUGGAAAGACCCCUGACGCUCUGUGCACCUACAAACUCACAGACGUGGAUGAGGGCACUGAGGUUCAGUUCCAGGUCCGUGCUGAGAAUGAGGCCGGUGUUGGACACCCUAGUGAACCAACAGAAGUAGUCACCAUUGAGGAUGCUACAAGUCCACCAUCUCCUCCUGUUGACUUGGUCAUAGUUGGUGCCAGUAGAGAGCAUAUCAACAUUACCUGGAAGGUACCAUUGAAGAAUGGAGGUAGCCCCAUCACAGGAUACCAUGUUGAGCUCCGAGAGGCUAAAGCUGAGAAGUGGAUGAGAAUCAACACUCGCCCAGUCAAGGAGCUCAAAUACAAAGCAGAGGAAAGCAUCAAGCCAGAGAAACAAUAUGUCCUGAGAGUCCGUGCCAUCAACUCUGUUGGUGUCAGCGAUCCUUCUGCCAUUUCUGAGAAGGUCUUUGCCAAGGAUCCAGACUGUAUUCCUACUAUGGACAUGGAGGCCCUAGACAUUGUGGUGGUUGAGGGUGACAAGCUGCAUAUCAACAUCCCAUACAAUGCCAUCCCCAAACCAGAGAUGGUCUGGAGCAAAAUCUUCCACACAGAUACUGCCAUUGGCACAAAGUUACAGAAUGAUGACAGACUGUCGAUGACUUGUGAGCUCAACAGUGUCCACCUGGAAGUGAUGAAGUGUGUGCAUGAUGAUGCUGGAGAAUACUCCGUCACUCUGGAGAAUGCGAUCGGAACAGCCACCAGAAUCAUCAACGUUAAAGUUAUUGGUCUGCCCGGCCAAUGCAAGGACAUCAAUGCAGAUGAGAUCACUAAGAACUCCUGCAAGCUGACAUGGGAGGCUCCAGAGAGUGAUGGUGGUACUCCAAUUCUCCACUACGUUCUGGAGCGUAGAGGGGCUUCUAAUAAGACUUUCAGGCCUCUGAUGUCAGGAGAAAACAUCCUGACCUACCAGGUCAACGAUCUCAAGCUGAACGAAGAAUAUCACUUCCGGGUCAAGGCUGUCAACAAUGUCGGCUCUGGGCCAUUCCUGGAGCUCCGCAACCCUGUCAUCACUAUGGAAGUGAAACAGAAACCAGAUCCACCCAUUGAUGUUGAGGCUCAUGAUCCAACCGCCAACUCUAUCACACUGACCUGGAAACCACCCGUGUCUGACGGUGGUUGCGCCAUCACUGGCUACAUCCUGGAAUGCAUUGAGAAGGAUGGUGAUAGAUUCCAGAGAAUCAACCCAUCCCUGGUGCCUGGUUUCACCUAUGUGGUGAAGGAUAUGAAGGAAGGCAAAGAGUAUCAGUUCCGUGUUCGCGCUGAGAACGCUGCUGGAGUCAGCGAGCCGUCUCGCAGCACUCCAAUGACCAUGAUCGCUGCUCCCGUUGAAAAACCCAAGGUGUCCCUCCAUGCUCGCCUGCAGCAUGGCCUGUGCAUCAGGAAGGGUGAGGAGAUCCACCUGGACGCCUACAUCUCUGGCGCUCCAUACCCAACUGUCACCUGGCUCAGGAACAACGAAGACGUCAAGAAUGUACCAGAGAAGAAGCCAGUACCGCCUAUUCUGAAGAAGAAGAAGGGGGGCAAGGUUGAACCUGAAGAACCUGAGGUGUUCGUAACCCCUCUUCAUGAGCGUCUUUCUUAUGCUGUAAAGAAGGGCGAGACCUCAAUCAUGGUGCGAGACUCCAUCAGAGCUGACCACGGUCACUUCUGCAUCCAGGCCGAGAACUCUCAUGGUGUUGCAACUGCAUACUGUGACGUCAACGUCCUUGAUAAGCCUGGACCUCCAGUGAACUUUGUCUUUGAGGAGAUCAGGGACACCUCUGUCAUCUGCAAGUUCGACCCUCCUCUUGACAAUGGUGGUAGUGAGAUCCUGAACUACAUCCUUGAAAAGAAAGACAACAAGAAUGAAGAUAUCGGAUGGAUCACGGUAACUUCAACCCUCAAGGUUUGCAACUAUCCUGUUACCAAACUGAUUGAAGGAAAGGAGUACAUCUUCCGUAUUACCGCUGAGAACAAGUUUGGCUGCGGACCUUCAUGUCUCUCUGAGCCAGUCGUUGCCAAGAACCAAUUCGAUCCACCCGAUGCUCCAAACACACCCAGAAUUGGAGAGGUGACUGCCAACAGUGUGUUCAUCUCCUGGCAUGAGCCCAAGGACAACGGUAGUCCCAUCCUGGGCUACUGGAUCGAGAGGAAGGAAAUGAACAGCAAACACUGGACUAGGGUGAACCGCUUCCUGCUCAAUUCCCUCUCUGUGAAGAUUGAGGGUCUUAUGGAAGGCCUGGUAUACAUAUUCAGAGUCUGUGCUGAGAAUCUGGCUGGCCCCGGACCCUUCAGUGUCCCAACUGAUCCCCAGAUUGCUAUGGAUCCAAUCUUACCACCUGGCCCACCCACUCCAAGAGUUAUUGAUACCUCUGCGACAACAGUUGAUAUUGCCUGGGUUCCCCCCCUGUACAAUGGAGGAGGAGAUAUACUUGGCUACCAUGUUGAGAGUGUUCUGGCUGGAGAGAAGGAAUGGAAACGUAGUACAGAGUUCAGAUGCAAGGAGAUGAAGUAUACAGUGACUGGGCUGACGGAGGGCGCUGACUAUUACAUCCGGGUUAUUGCUGUCAAUGACGCCGGACCGGGAGCACCUGGCAUGACUGAACCAGUCACUGUGAAGGAGCCUCAAGAGCCCCCAGUGGUUGACUUUGAUGCCUCUGUGAAGAACGGAGUCAUCAUCAAAGCCGGCGAGGCUCUGAGACUGCCAGCGUUCGCCAUCGGCAGACCACAACCAGAAGUGAAAUGGAUGAAGGAUGAGGCUGAAACUGACAAAGAGCAUGUUGUGAUCGAAACAGAAGGAAAGAACAGCCUUCUGUUCAUCAAGUACGCCAAGAGAACUGAUCACGGAAAGUACCAAAUCUCUGGAACCAACAGCAGUGGAACCAAGUCUGCUGUCACUAGAGUUGACGUCAUGGAUGUCCCUGGGCCUGUGGUUAAUCUGAAGACUACUCAUGUCACCAAGAAGAACAUCAGCUUGAGCUGGGCAGAUCCUCUAGAUAACGGUGGCAGCGAUGUCAUCGGCUACGUAGUGGAGAAAAAGGAUGCAAAAAUGAAGCUAUUCAGACAACCUAUCGAGACUGCUUCAUGCAAGUGUGACAUUCAGGGUUUGCUUUCAGAGGAAGAGUACGAUUUCCGUGUUUUUGCAAGGAACAAGUACGGUGAUGGCGCCCCAACGGACAUUGGGCCUAUUCUGGCUUCGGAUCCCAAAGCUGUUCCAUCUCCACCAUUGAAACUGCACUACACCGAGAGGUGGACGACUGCUAUUGCUCUUGCUUGGGAGCCACCUCGCAGCGAUGGAGGUAGCCCAAUCACGGGUUACUAUGUUGAGAAGAUGAGAGCAGAUGGAACUGAGUUUGACGUGGCCAAUCGCAAGCUCUGCAAAGACUUACACAUCAAAUUGGAGAACCUAUCAGAGAACCACGUGUAUCAGUUCCGUGUGUUUGCCGUGACUGAGGUGGGAGAGGGCGAACGCUCCAAACCAAUCAGUGCUAACAUACAGGAUGAUGAAAUUCCCCCCGAAAUCUCAAUCUUGGAGCAUUUCAAGAGAGAUACAAUCAUUGUGAGGAAGGGAGCGGCUAUUGAGAUCCCUGCUGAGGUGGUGGGUCUGCCAAUGCCAGAGGUUCAGUGGUCUAAGGAUGACGUCGUCAUCCCCAUGGCUACUGAGACACUGCUGAUGGAGUUCGAGGAGGUGGCCCGCACCAAGUGCACCACCAAGAUCAGCAUCCCUGAGACUAUCAGAGGAGACAAGGGAGACUACAAACUGGCUGCCACCAACUGCCAUGGCAAAGCACACCGCAUCAUCCAUGUGGAGGUUCUAGACCGCCCUCUGCCACCACGUGACAUUGUGGUGUCUGACAUCCAGGCUGAGUCUUGCUAUCUGACUUGGGCGGUCCCAGAGGACGACGGGGGUAGUGAGAUCACCAACUACAUCAUCGAAAGGAGGGACGCCAGCAGGAAGAAGUCUGACUUUGAGCAGCUCACCUGCAAUAUCAUUGAUAGGAGAUAUGGGGUGUACAAAAUGGACAGGAUGGGCCAGUACCAAUUCAAAAUCAAAGCUGAGAACAAGUUCGGAAUCAGUGACGGUUGUGAAUCCGAGAAGGUCGUUCUCAAGGAUCCAUUCGGUCUUCCUGGUCCACCUCGCAAACCAAAGGUCAUCGCAGCAACUUCCACUACCAUGACGAUCACCUGGGAGCCUCCACUGCAGAACGGUGGCUCCUCCAUUCAGGGAUACUGGCUGGAGAAAAGAGAGAGAGGAGCUGGGAUCUGGGGUCGUGUGAACAGAGCUCCAGUCACCAAGCCUGCAGUGAAGGGUUUGGAAUACACAGUCCUCCGCCUUAAUGAAGGGGCUGAGUACCAGUUCAGAGUGAGGGCUCAGAAUGCUGCUGGAAUCGGACCUCCCAGUGAAGCAUCUCCAUGUCAAUUCGCUGUUGAUCCACGCAAUCCCCCAAGUGCACCAGGAAUGCCAGUUGUUAAGGACAAGACCAAGACCAGCGUCACUCUCACCUGGACCCCACCAGAGAAAGAUGGCGGCAGCCCAGUCAAGGGCUACAUCGUUGAGGUUCAGGACACAGACUCCCUGGAUUGGAAGAGAGUCAGUGACCCUGAGAAGCUGCACCCUACCACUGAGAUCACUGUUCCAGACCUGAAAGAAGGCCAGAAGAUCAGAUUCAGAGUCACCGCUGUCAACGCUGCUGGCAAAUCUGAACCAAGCGCACGUUCUGCUGACAUCACUGUCCAGGACAUCUUAACCGAACCAAACAUUACUCUGGAGGUCAGUGCCCAUGAGCUGUUGUCCUGCAGAGCUGGAACUACCAUUAAAAUCCCAGCUCUCAUCACCGGCCGUCCCACUCCUAAAGUUACAUGGGAGUUCAAGGAUGGAACAGCAGAGACCGAGAAGAAGAAUGAGAUCCAUAUCCUUCCAAUCGAUUCAAAGAUCGUGUCAACUGAUACAACAUCAGUUGUCACCAUCCCUGAGAGCCACCUCAAACAUGCCGGACGUUACAUCAUCACAGCGGAAAACGCAGCUGGACACAAGAACAUGAAAGUCAGAGUCAAUGUCCUUGAUCUGCCUGGCCCACCCAAAGACCUCAAAGUCACAGACAUCACAAGAGGUACAUGUAGACUUACAUGGAAGGCUCCAGAUAGUGACGGUGGUGAGAGGAUCAAGAGUUACUUCAUUGAGAAGAAGACUGUGGAAGGAAAAGCUUGGACCAAGUGCAACCCAGCCUGUGCUGCCCAGUCCUUUAUUGUGCCCGACCUCAUUGAGGGACAGGAUUACCUGUUCCGUAUCCGGGCGGAGAACCGCUUUGGAUUUGGACCACUAGUUGAGACCAUUGAACAUUCAAAGGCUAGAGAUCCUAUCCAUCCUCCUGAUGCUCCCACAAGGGUAAAGAUUCAAGAAGUGACUAAGGGCACAGCCACCCUGACUUGGAAGCCACCCAGGAAUGACGGUGGAGCUCCAGUGACACACUACACUGUUGAACGUCUGUGCUGGGACAGUAGUGGAUCUCAGAAGCAGUCCUGGAGACAGUGCAACAGACGUGAUAUUGAUGACCUCACCUUCAAGAUUGAGGACCUGACUGAAGGAGAAGAGUAUGAGUUCCGUGUCAAGGCCGUGAACGAAGCCGGCCCCAGCAGACCAUCAUCUACCGUUGGACCAGUCGUCAUCCAAGACCAGACACGUGCUCCUGCUAUUGAACUGGAGGAGUUCAUGGAGGUUGAACAAGGAGCUGAUAUCAGCAUCAAGGCAAAGAUCAGGGGCUGUCCAUUCCCCACUCUCACCUGGCUCAAGGCUCCAGCCCACAAGGGUGACGACAAGGUUGAGGUUGCAUAUGACGAGCACAUCAACAAGAUUGUGUCUGAUGAUAGCUGUAUACUGCUGAUCCAGCAGGGAAAGCGCUCAGAUACAGGCCUCUACACUAUCACAGCCAGUAACAGCCUAGGAAAGGCCUCCAAGGAGAUGAGACUCAACGUCUUGGGACGUCCUGGACCACCAUCCGGUCCUGUGAAGUUUGAGGAGGUCGACGCUGAGAAGAUCACCCUGUCAUGGCUGCCACCUAAGGAUGACGGUGGCUCCAAAGUGACCAACUACGUCAUUGAGAGGCGUGUAGCCAACAGGAAGACAUGGAUCCCUGUGACCAACGAACCCAAGGAGCGUAUCUGGACGGUGGAGGGCCUGAUGGAAGGGCAUGAGUAUGUGUUCCGAAUUUGUGCUCAGAACAAAUAUGGAGUUGGAGAGCCUCUGGACAGUGAACCUGAAGAAGCCAGGAAACUCUAUGCUGUUCCUGGCCAAUGCGAAAAGCCAACCAUUUCAGCUGUUGACCAUGAUUCUAUGAUGGUCAACUGGGAAGAACCAGAAGACGAUGGAGGCAGUCCAGUGACUGGCUAUUGGCUGGAGCGUAAAGAAACCACCUCUAAGCGCUGGAACAGGGUGACGCGUGACCCCAUCCGGGCCAUGGCUUUCGGGGUGUCCCAUAAUGUGACUGGACUCAUUGAGGGGUCACAGUACCUCUUCCGGGUCACAGCUAUCAACGCAGCAGGAUGUGGACCUCCUAGCGCGUGCACCGACCCCAUCUUUGCCAGAGAUCCUAUCUCCGUCCCUGGACCUCCAACACCAAAGGUCACAGACUGGACCAAGUCAUCAGUGGAUCUAGUCUGGAUCCCACCUCUGAAGGAUGGUGGAUCUAAGAUCACGGGAUACAUUGUUGAAUACUCAGAGGAUGGAACAGACAAAUGGGUUAAAGCUAAAGACAAGGAGCACAGAAGCACCAAGUUGGUCAUUACUGGAUUGAAGACCGGUGGAUUCUACAAGUUUAGAGUGACAGCAUUGAAUGCUGCAGGCCCCAGCGAACCCGGUGAAGUCCCAGACGCUAUUAAGGUUGAAGACAGAACAAUUGCUCCUGAGGUUGACCUUGAUGCCACAGUGAAGGAAAGGAUGGUAGUCCAUGCCGGUGGUGUGAUCCGCAUCCUGGCCUUUGUGUCUGGCCAGCCUGCUCCAAAGAUCACAUGGAGCCGUGAUGACGGUGCUCUACCACCAGAAAGUGCAGUUGAGACCACCGCUAUCAGCUCAUCGCUGGUCAUCAAGCCCUGCACCAGAAGACACCAAGGAGUCUAUACUCUGACUGCUGCUAACUCAGGAGGAGAAAAGAAGAGAUCUAUCAUUGUUGAUGUCCUGGAUGUCCCUGGUCCAGUUGGCGUACCCUUCACCUCAGAGAACCUUACUAGCGACUCCUGCAAGCUGAACUGGUUUUGUCCUGAGGAUGAUGGUGGUUCUGCCAUCACCAACUACAUCAUUGAGAAACGCGAUGUGGAGAGGAAGGCCUGGACUGCCCUGUCCUACACAGUCACCAGACACACUGCUGUGGCCCACGGACUGCAGAACGGAAAAGCUUACUUCUUUAGAAUCGCAGCUGAGAACUCCAUUGGAGUUGGACCUUUCGUUAACACCGCAUGCGAAAUCAUCAUAAAGGAUCCCAUCACCGUUCCAGACCGCCCAGAGGACCUUGAAGUAACAGCAGUUCAUAGAGACUAUAUCAGCUUAACAUGGAAACCUCCUGUGUCUGACGGAGGGUCAGAAGUCACCAAGUACAUCCUGGAGGCCCGUAUGAUCGGCAAGGACAAGUUCACACGUCUGACCAAGGAGAAACUGAUGGAGAGGAGAUUCACCUAUGACGGUCUGAGAGAUGGGGACACCUAUGAGUUCAGAGUUAGCGCUGUGAAUGAAAUUGGGCCCAGCAAGCCAUCGUUCUGCACCAAACCAAUCACCUGCAAAGAUGAACUUGAACCCCCAACCAUUGAGCUUGACUUCCGUGACAAGAUCAUCAUCCGUGUUGGAGAGAGCAUGGCUCUCCAGGGUCGCUACACCGGAAAGCCCUCUCCAUCUAUCAUGUGGUACAGAGAUGACGAAGAGCUGAAAGCAGAUCAGCACAUCAAGUUCAAAAACUCACUGACCACCAUGACUUUAGGCCUUAUGAAAGCCAAGCGCGAGCACAGCGGCAGAUACUGCGUGCUGGUUGAAAACAGCACCGGCUCUCGAAAGGGCAUUUGCAAUGUGACCGUUGUAGAUCGCCCAACACAACCAGUUGGUCCAGUCAUCUUUGAUGAAGUUCACAGAGAGUUUAUGGUGAUCUCUUGGAAACCUCCUAUUGAUUCUGGCGGAGUGGACGUGUCCAACUACAUCAUUGACCAGAGAGACAUCAAUAGUGACAUCUGGAGGAAUGUAACAUCUGCUUCGACGAAGUUGACGUGCAAAAUCCCCAGGUUGAUUGAGGGAAAAGAGUACAUCAUGAGAAUCUGUGCUGAGAACAUGUACGGAAUCAGUGACCCACUGGAUUCAGAGGAGAUGAGAGCCAAAGAUCUCUUCAGAGUGCCUGAGGCACCAGAGAUGCCCAACGUGAGGGAGGUGUAUGCUGACAACUGCCUUGUGCUUUGGAGCAGACCUCGUGAUGGCGGCAAACCCAUCACUAACUACAUUUUGGAGAAGAAGGAGCCAGCUGCAAAGAGAUGGUCUCGUGCCACCAGAGAACCCCUCUACCCAACUACUCAGUUCAGGGUGCUUGACCUUAUUGAAGGCUGUCAAUAUCAAUUCCGGGUUAUGGCAGAGAAUGAAAUCGGCACUGGUGACCCUAGUCCCCCAUCAAACACAAUUCUUGCCAAAGAUCCAAUUGUUCCUCCCAGCCCCCCUGUACUGCCAGAGGCAAUCGACAAGACCAAGGAUACCGUAAGCCUGAAAUGGCAGCUACCUCGCCAUGAUGGCAAAGGCAAAAUCUUUGGUUACCUUGUUGAGUACCAGAAGGUUGGUGCAGUAGAAUGGUCACAGGGCAAUGAGACUCCUGAAGAGUGUCCAGAAUGCAACUAUGUUCUAAAGGGCCUGGAAGACGGAGCAGAGUACAACAUCAGGGUCUUCACUGUGAAUGCUGCUGGACCCUCUGAGCCUGCCCCUUGUAAGCAAACAGUGAAAGUACAUGACAGACUGGAGAAACCAGAGUUGCUGCUUGAUGCCAAUAUGUCCCGUGACCAUCUUGCGAUGGUAGGAACUAAUAUUACUCUCAGUUCAGUGAUCAAGGGCAUGCCACCUCCCACUGUAGUAUGGCAGAAGAACGGAGAAGAGGUUCCCACAGAUCGUUGUACCAUUGCUGCCACUGCCACUGGCAGCAAACUUGUUAUGCUCAACUGUGUCCGCUCAGACAGCGGCAACUACACACUCACUAUUGAAAAUGCAGCUGGAAAGAAGUCCGCUACAUGCACAGUGCUCACCUUAGAUAAACCCGGACCUCCUCGGGAUCUGAAAAUCUCUGAGAUCACCAGUGAGUCAGCCUACCUGACCUGGAAGGUUCCUGAGGAUGAUGGAGGGGCUGUCAUCUCUCACUACGUUGUGGAAAAGAAAGACGUGGCGGCUGAGAAAUGGGUGCCCGUCGCUGCAUCAAACAAGAAGCCUAGUCUGAUGGCUCUGUAUCUUAUGGAAGGCAUCCAGUAUCUGUUCCGUGUUGCUGCUGAGAACCAGUUUGGCAGAGGUUCCUACAUCAUGACUAAGACGCCGAUCAAGGCUGUUGAUCCUCUUUAUCCACCUGGUCCACCAAAGAAUCUACAUCACAUCGACGUUGACAAGACUGAAGUCUGGCUCCAAUGGGAUUGGCCAGACCGCGACGGAGGAAGUGAGAUCACUGGAUUCAUCGUUGAGCACCAGGAGGGUGAGGGAAAAGACUGGGUCACCUUCAAGACUGUCACCAAUCCUCAUAGCCAUGUCACUGGACUGGAGGAGGGAAAGACAUACAGGUUCCGUGUGAAGUCCCAAAAUGCUGUUGGCGUGAGCCGUCCAGACACCAGUGUCCCUGUAACCUGCCAGGAGAAACUCUUGCCACCAACUAUUUCAGUGGAUGUGAAGCUUAUUGAGGGUUUGAUUGUCAAGGCUGGAAGCACUAUCGUACUCCCAGCAGUCAUGAAAGGAAUUCCUACUCCCACAGCCAAGUGGGUGAGUGACGGAAAGGAACUGGCAACAAAGGGCAAUGUCAAGAUUGACACUGAGGGCAUGAACACAUCUCUCACCAUCACUGGAUGUGUCAGAGGUGACACUGGAGAGUAUCUCCUCACCGUGGCAAACUCUGCUGGAAGCAAGACUGUUGCUCUGCACGUCACUGUGCUCGAUGUCCCAGGUGCCCCCAUUGGCCCGAUCAACAUCCUUGAAGUUACCCCUGACCACAUGGUCAUCAACUGGAGACCACCUAAAGAUGAUGGUGGCACUCCUUUGACGUGUUAUAUUGUUGAAAAGAAGGAUACCAAAAAGGCUUGGGAACCAUGGUCAGUUGUGUGCUCAGGAUGCACUGGUACAAAGGCUAAAAUUUCUCGAUUGGAGAAAGGUCGUGAAUAUAUUCUGCGUGUCCGUGCAGAAAACAAGGUGGGCAUUGGUGCUGGACUUGAGAGUCCUCCCACUAUUGCCAAACAUAUGUUUGAUCCACCUGGCCCUCCAGGCCAGCCAACCUGCUCUGAUAUCACAGAGAAUGCUGUGACCAUAGAAUGGACUCUGCCCGAAUUUGAUGGUGGCAGUCCAGUCAGUGGCUAUGUAGUAGAGCGCAGAGAAAUGACAGGGAAAUGGAUCCGCGUCAACAAGACACCUGUAUUGGAUCUCCGAUACAGAGCAUCAGGUCUGUUCGAGAACAACAGCUACGAGUUCAGAAUCUUUGCUGAGAACGUUGCUGGUGUCAGCGAGCCCUCUCCUGUAUCAGAUCCAGUGAAGUGCACUCGUCCUAUUACUAAGCCAGGACCCCCAUUAAACCCUAAACUGAGGGACUGGAGCAAGUCAUAUGCUGACUUGGUGUGGACCAAGCCAACAAGAGAUGGAGGCAGCCCCAUCUUAGGUUAUAUAGUUGAAUGUCAGAAAUCAGCCAGCACCAAAUGGGAGAAAGUUCAUAAGGAUCUCAUCCCGAUGUGCGCAUUUAGAGCAAUGGGACUUACUGAGGGCAUGGAAUACAGGUUCCGCAUUAGCGCUUCCAAUAUUAUUGGAGAUGGAAAACCUACAGAGCUCUCAGAAACAGUCCUUGCCAAGGACAUUCUGGUUCCCCCAGAGCUGACAGUUGAUGUUGCUUGCCGUGACCUUCUGACAGUUAGGGUGGGACAGAGUAUCAACCUUGUUACUAGAGUUAAAGGUAGACCAGAUCCUGAUAUCACUUGGUCUAAGGAUGCCAAGAUUCUAGGCAUAGACAGGCGUACUGAGAUGAACAACAACUACCCUCUGGUUGAGCUGGUGAUUUCAGAUGCAGUAAGGCAAGAUUACGGAAAGUAUGCUAUCCUUGCUAAAAACAGCAGUGGUCAAGCACAGGCUACCAUUAUUGUGAAUGUGCUUGACACUCCAGGCGUCUGUCAGAAUCUGAAGACCACUUACGUGACAAAAGAAUCCUGCAUGGUUUCCUGGGAGAACCCAGAGGAUAAUGGAGGAACUGAAAUAACACAGUACAUUAUUGAGAGCCGUCAACCUAGUCAAAGGAAUUGGACUGUGGUAUCAAAUGAUUGCACCAAACGCCUUAUGAAGGCACCACUCCAUGAGGGUUGUGAAUACUUCUUCCGUGUGAGUGCAGAGAACAAAAUUGGUGCUGGACCUUCAACAGAGACCAAAACAGCCAUCCUUGCUGUUGAUCCCAUUGAGAAGCCUGGUGACCCUAUUGACUUCAUUAUCUCUGAGAUCGGCAAGACAUUCGUCUUCCUGAAAUGGAAGAGACCAGACUAUGAUGGUGGCAGCCGUAACCUGGGCUACCAUGUUGAAAAGAAACCUAAAGUGGCAGAAGAAUGGGAGAGACUGCACAAGGGUGCGAUUAAGGAAACUUACUUCAUGGCAGACAAGUGCAUUGAAAACGAAAUUUACCAGUUCAGGGUACAGACAAAGAAUGAAGGAGGUGAGAGCAACUGGGUGACAACUGCUGAGGUUGAGGUUAAAGAACAGUUAGUGGUGCCAGAGAUCAAGAUGAAGUUGCAAUGGACUCUAGUGGUUAAUGCCGGUGACGCCAUUCCGAUUGAAGCUGAUGUCAAGGGAAAACCAGCUCCGGAAGUAAAGUGGACAAAGGAGAACGACACAGGGGACAUCACCAAGAGCCCAAGGCUCCAAAUAGAAGCCGGUGUAGAAUUCUCUAAAUUCCUGUUGACAAACUCAAGACGUGGAGAUACUGGAAAAUAUAACAUCACUGCUACCAAUAGUGCUGGAACAGCCACUGGAUGGGCGAAUGUGUGUGUGCUUGAUAGACCUGGUCCUAUCAGCAACCUAGUUGUAAAUGGUGUUACAGUGGAUAGGUGCAUGUUGACAUGGGAUAUGCCAGAAGAUGAUGGUGGAUGUGAAAUUUAUAACUACAUCAUAGAAAAGUGUGAGAAGAAGAGAAUGGUGUGGUCCAUACAUUCUUCUGCUGUGAUCACCAACUCUGCUAAAGUAACCCGCCUUGUAGAAGGAAAUGAGUAUAUAUUCAGGGUGCGUGCAGAAAACAAGAUGGGGGCAGGUCCUGCAGUGGAGAGCGCACCUAUUGUGGCAAGGACCGAAUUCAGUAAACCUGGCAUUCCAGAAGCACCAGAAGUUAUCAAGAUCUCCAAGGAGGAGAUGACCGUUACAUGGAACCCUCCUGAGAAUAACGGUGGAAAGAAAAUCUCUGGUUACAUUCUGGAGAAAAAGGAAGAAUUCGGAGUACGAUGGUCUCCUUGCACAAAGCAUUCCAUUGAUUCGACCCAACUGACUGUCACUGGUUUGCUGCGUGAUCAUGAAUAUCAGUUCCGCGUCAGGGCUGAGAAUGAAAUAGGACUUGGUGAACCAAGCAAACCCUCAAGAUCACUCGCCGCCAGAGAUUCUCUUGAUGUCCCAGCCCCUCCAACAAAUCUGAAGGUUGGUGACAGUACAAGGACCUCAGUAGCACUGAAGUGGACAAAGCCUGUUUGUGAUGGUGGAGCUCCUAUCAUUGGUUAUGUGGUGGAAAUGAGGAUCAAGGGAAACAAGGAUGCGGCGUGGAAGAGGUGUAAUGUCGCAGCCCAGCUAAUUGUAUGUGAAUUCACUGUCUCCAGUCUGGAUGAUCAUGAAUGGUAUGAAUUCCGCGUUUCUGCUCAAAAUCAAUGCGGUAUGAGCUUAACGGCGGAUCUUACGAUGCCCGUGCAACCCAAGGAUAUCCUUGAGGCACCUGAAAUUGACAUGGAUGCUAGUCUGAAGGAGGGUCUGACAGUCAGGGCCGGAUGUCCCAUCCGACUGGUGGCAACCAUCAAGGGAAGACCAGCUCCCAAAGUCUCCUGGAGAAGAAUGGGUGUCGAUAACGUUGUCAGGAAGGGCCAUGUGGACAUCAUUGACACAAUGACCUUCCUGGUUAUCCCUGAAAGUACACGGGAUGAUUCAGGCAAAUACUCCCUGACCCUGUCCAGCCCAGCUGGGGAGAAGGCAGUGUUUGUCAAUGUCAAAGUACUGGAUACCCCAGGGCCUGUAGUGGGUCUGGAUGCCACAGAUAUUAAACAGACGUCCGCCAAACUGGCAUGGUCACCCCCUGAGAACGAUGGUGGCAGUGCAGUCACUCAUUACAUUAUUGAGAAGCGUGAAAUCGACCGCAAGACCUGGGGACCAGUCGCAAACAAUAUUGAACAGACUGAAACCAACGUCAAGAAACUUGUUUCAGGCACAGAGUAUUUCUUUAGAGUCACGGCUGUGAAUGAAUAUGGUCCUGGAGUUGCGAAGGUCUCGCCAAAGUCCUACAUGGCAUCUGAUCCUGUCAGCAAACCUGAACCAUGCCCGAAGAUUGAUGUAUUGGAAAUUACAAAGAACAGUGCACUUCUGGGAUGGCUGAAACCAUUGGGUGAUGGAGGAGCUAAGAUAGAUGGUUAUAUAGUUGAAUACACAGCGGAAGAGAAGCCAGAACCACAAUGGAUGGCAUACACAACUGUUAAAAAUUUAACCCUUUCAGUUAGUGGACUCAAGGAGGGUAUGAAGUACAGAUUCCGGGUGGCUGCAAGAAAUAUCAUGGGUCGCAGUUCGUACACUGAAACUAGGGACGCUUAUGAGAUCAAGGAACAGAUGCUGGAACCCAAGAUUAUGAUGGCGGAGGCUGUGUCUGCCAAAGCAGGAGCUAAACUCAGAGUGGAAGCUCUUGUGUCUGGAAAGCCAGCACCAACCUGCACAUGGAUGCGAGGAGAUGACAAUGUUGUUUCCUCUAGUCGUCUUGCUGUGCACAAAUCUGCAAACAUGUGUGUGCUCAUCAUCAAAGACGUGUCCAGAACCGACAGUGGACUAUACAGUUUGGUUGCUGAGAACAGCUGUGCUAAAGUAGAUCAGCAUAUUAAAAUCAUCAUCAGAGAUAUCCCCGGAGCGCCUGAGCCUCCAUUUGAGAUCAGUGACAUUGACGCUGAUGCCUGCACACUCUCUUGGAAAGCACCAAUUGAAGAUGGCGGAAGCCAGAUUACAAACUACGUAGUGGAGAAGUGUGACGUGAUCAGAGGCGACUGGGUAAACGCUGUAUCGUCCUGUGGCAAGACUGGCUGCAGACUGGGAAAGCUCAUCCCUGGAAAGGAAUACAUCUUCCGUGUCCGUUCUGAGAAUCGCUUUGGAAUCUCAGACCCCCUUACAUCGGACAGGAUGAUUGCCAAAUUCCCCUUCGAUGUGCCCAGUGAGCCUUUAAACUGCCACAUCACCAAGGUCAACAAGGACUGUAUGUUUGUAGCCUGGGACAGACCUGAGAGCGAUGGUGGCAGCCCUAUUACUGGCUUCUACAUUGAACGCAAAGAGAGGAACAGCCUCCUUUGGGUCAAGGCUAACGACUCAGUUGUCAGAUCAACGGAAUAUCCCUGUGCAGGCCUUAUUGAGGGCUUGGAAUACAACUUCAGAGUAUCUGCCAUCAAUCGUGCUGGACAGAGUAAGCCAAGCAAGAAGUCUGACUUUGUCACAGCAAGAACACCAGUUGACACACCAGGCAAACCAGAGGUUCUCGAUGUUACCAAGAAUGCAGUCAACUUGGUCUGGACUAGACCAAAGAAUGACGGUGGAAGCAAGAUCAUUGGAUAUUAUGUUGAGGCCCUGAGGCUCCCUGGAGACAAAUGGGUCCGUUGCAACACCAGCAGUCAGAAUGUACCCAGAGAAGAGUACACUGCAACUGGACUGGAGGAAGACAUGGAGUACCAGUUCAGAGUCAUCGCAAAGACCGCUGUCAACAUGAGCCGGGCAUCAGACAUCACAGACCCAGUUCUGGUCUCUGCAGAGAAGGUGCCACCAAGAGUAGAAAUUGGAAUCCCAAUGAAGAGGCUUAAGCCAGUGAAGGCUGGAGCAAAUGUACUUCUUGAGGCAGAGGUGUUUGGAAAACCGAUGCCCAAGGUUACAUGGAAGAGGGGAGAGGAAGUAUUGAGAGCUUCUGAGAUGUUGAAGAUGUCCCAGUUGAGACAUCUCUUCAGCAUAGAGCUUCUUGGAGUAACAAAGGAACACACAGGAGAGUAUACUAUUUUGGCAGAAAAUGCAAGUGGAUCCAAAACUGGAGAAAUUAAGUUAACGGUUUUCGAUGUCCCCGGUCCACCAGUCUCUGUCAAGUUUGGUGACGUGUUUGCCAAUAGUGUCCAGAUUAGUUGGGAGGCGCCUAUUGCAGAUGGAGGCUCGGACAUCACAAACUACAUUGUUGACAAACGUGAGACCAGUAGAGCUGAAUGGGCUCAGGUCGCAGCCCAUAUUCAGGGUGAUGUGUUUGAACUCACCACAAAGAAACUGAUUGAGGGACGAGAGUACCAGUUCCGCAUCCGCGCAGAGAAUAGAUUUGGGGUUGGAGAAGCCAUCUUGACUGAUCCCGUCUAUGCCAGGAAUCCAUUCACUGUCCCUGGGGCAUGUGAGGCACCAGUCAUCACAAACAUCACCAAAGAGCACAUGACCGUUAGCUGGAAGGAACCAGCCGAUGAUGGCAAGUCAACCAUCUUAGGGUACAUGGUGGAGAAGAAGGGAACCAAGGAAGUCAACUGGACUAAACUGAACAGGAAAGCCUUGAUAGAGAGAACCCUGGAAGUUGCUGGUCUGUCAGAGGGAGCAGAGUAUGAAUUCAGAGUAAUUGCCCUGAACAACGCUGGCCUUGGCAAACCCAGUGAGCCAUCCACUGUGGCUUCAGCCCACGAUCCUAUCAAUCCUCCUGGACCCCCUGUGAACCCGAUGGUCACUGACGUCAGCCGCAGCACAAUUAGCCUGACCUGGACUAAACCAGCCAAUAACGGAGGCAGUGCCAUCCUGGGAUACCUUGUUGAAUGCAAGAGAACAGACGCAACAGACUGGAUCAGAUGCAACGUGCCCAAGAACCUCCAGGACACAUUCUACCUUGUUCAGAACCUCAUUGAUAAAUCUGAAUAUCAACUGCGUGUGUCUGCCGUGAACAAAGUGGGCUUCAGUGAAACAUGCGAAGUGCCAGACAAACAUGUAGCAAAGGACAUUUUGGUUGCUCCUGAGGCAGAACUCAGUGCUGACCUGAAGGAGGUUCUGGAGCUCCGUGCUGGGUCCCAAAUGAGACUUUUCGCCACAAUAAAGGGUCGUCCCACUCCCAAGGUGAUCUGGGCAAAAAUGAACAGCAACAUCAAGGAAAGACAAGGCAUCGUUAUCAAGAGCACCGACACUGACACUGUGGUGUUAGUCCAGAGUUGCAACAGAUAUGAUGCGGGCAAAUAUAUCCUGAGUCUUGAAAGUCGCAGCGGAAUGAAGAUGUAUACAAUUGUUGUCAAGGUUUACGAUACCCCUGGGCCACCAGUCAAUCUCAUGGUAAAGGGGACAACAAAGGACAGUGCAAAGAUCCUUUGGGAUACUCCUCUUAUUGAUGGUGGAAGCGAAGUGACCAGUUACAUUAUUGAAAAGCGUGAUGCAGAGAGAAAAGCUUGGUCUCUAGUUAAGGAUAACUAUGCCAAAAACACUCUCAAGAUCCCUGAUUUGGAGGCUGGUAGAUCUUACUGUUUUAGAGUCAAGGCUGUGAAUGAAUAUGGCGUUGGUGAGGCAUGUGAAACCGCAGAUUCAGUUAGAGCGUCUGAGGAACCUGGGCCAGUCAUGGACUUCAAGCCCUUGUUGAUCACAAAGCAAGGAUGCACCCUUGGAUGGAAGAAACCUCUCAGUGAUGGCGGUAGCCGCAUCAUUGUGUAUGUGCUUGAGGUUAUGAAUGGAGAUGAUAACUGGAAGGAGCUAAUGAGUUCCAAGAACAUGCAGUACAGUGCCAAGGAUCUGGUGGAAGGAAAAGAAUAUAAGUACAGAGUCAAAGCAGUAAAUGACUCUGGUGACAGUCCGUACAAGGAGCUGGAUGUGGUGGCUAAAGACCAGAUCAUUCAUCCUGGAGUUGACUUGCGGGGCAUUCCCAAUCUGUGCUACAUUGCAAAGGAGGGAAGUAUCGUCCGCAUCAAGCUCCCACUCUACGGCAAACCUACUCCUAAAUGCUCCUGGAAGAAGGGCGAGGAUGAGGAUUUGACCGAUACUGGAAGAGUGUGUGCAGAAUCCACAGCAGUCAACACUACCCUCCUGAUCCGUGACUGCCAGAGGAGCGAUGCCUCUAAGUACACAGUCACACUGAAAAACAUUUCUGGAGUGAAGGAAUCCACCAUCUUCAUUAGGGUGGUUGGCAAACCAGGAAUGCCUGUCGCACCAAUGAAGUUUAAGGAUGUCACUGCAGAUGGGUGCACCCUGAGAUGGACUGCACCUAAGGAUGAUGGUGGAUCAGAGAUAACCAACUAUACUCUUGAGAAGAGGGAUUCCGUAACCAACAUGUGGGUUAGCAUUGCUACCGAUAUUGAAGCAGUUUCCAAUACUACCACCUUCAGAGUGACAGGUCUUCAUGAGGAGACGGAAUACAUCUUCAGAGUCUGUGCACAGAACAAGCAUGGUGCUAGUGAAGGACUCAAAUCCGAGCCUAUUGUUGCCAAACAUCCAUUCAAUGUACCUGAGGCACCACCUGCACCUGUGAUCAUGAGUAUGCGUCAUGAUUCAUCAUUCUUGGCCUGGUCUGACCCAAGGAAGACCGGAGGCUCUCCAAUUACUGGCUACCACGUUGAGUUCAAGGAGAGGAACAGCAUGCUGUGGAAGAGGUCAGGGGGAGCCAUUAAGUUGAAGGAACACAAGGUCACCGGCUUAACUGAAGGACUGGAAUAUGAAUUCAGAGUCAUGGCCACGAAUCUGGCCGGUGUUGGCAGAGCAAGUCCACCAACUGGGGCGCAUGUUGCCUUGGAUCCAAUUGAUGCCCCUGGAAAACCUGAUGUGAUCAGCAUCACAAGAAGUACUGUAACACUUCAGUGGACUGAGCCCAAGUACGAUGGUGGACACAGACUGACAGGCUACAUUGUGGAAAAACGUGAUUUGCCUUCCAAGAUCUGGCAAAAGGCUAACAAUGUGAAUGUUGUAGACACAGCAUACACUGUGAAAGAGCUGCAGGAGGGAUGCAAGUUUGAGUUCAGAAUCAGGGCAAAAAAUGCCGCUGGAGCAUUGAGCCCUCCCUCUGAACAAACAGAUACACUUGUGUGCAAGGAUGAAUACGAGGCACCAACCAUCACUAUUGAUUCCACUGUAAAAGAGGGACUCACAGUCAGAGCGGGUGACCACAUCGUCAUAACUGCAACAAGUAUUGUAGGCAAACCCCCACCAACAUCAGUGUGGUCUAAGGGUGGAAAAUACUUCAAGCCUUCAGAUAUCUGCCAGAUUGAGUCCACUGCAACGUCCUCGACAUUGACUGUCAAAUACGCCGGGAGAUCGGAUUCUGGAGAAUACACAAUUACAGCCAGCAAUCCAUUUGGUGUCACAGAAGAAGUUGUGAAAGUGAAGGUUUUGGACGUUCCCGCAGCUCCGGGUCCUAUUGAGGUCAGUGGAGUUUCGUCUGAGAAGGUCACACUGACAUGGACACCACCAACUGAAGAUGGUGGAUGUCCAGUUAAAUAUUACACCCUGGAGAAGAGAGAAACAAGCCGCCUCCUUUGGACCAUUCUUUCAGAAAAAGUACUUGACUGCCACUAUAUUGCCAAGAAGCUAAUCCAGGGAAAUGAAUACAUCUUCCGUGUGAAGGCAGUUAAUCACUAUGGUCCUGGAGAAGCAGCAGUGUCUGGGCCAGCUAAGAUGGUGGACCAAUUUGGUCCCCCUGGUCCUCCAUCAAAACCAGAGAUUGAAGAGAUUGGAGGACACCAUGUCAAAAUCAACUGGAAAAGACCAAUUGAUGAUGGUGGUAGCGACAUCACAGGCUACAUGGUUGAAAAGAAAGAAAGAAAGGGCAUGAGAUGGGUUAGGGCAGCGAAGAAGUCCAUUGCUGAACUCUCAUAUCAAGUAACGGGACUCACAGAGAAAGUUGAAUAUGAAUUCAGGGUGGUUGCAGAGAACAAAGCAGGCUUCGGAGAGCCAAGUGAACCAUCAUUGUCUGUUACGACCAAAACUGUUAAAUAUGCACCUGGACCUCCAAUCAACCCAAGAAUUACAGACACAACAAAGACUUCUGCAACAUUCUUCUGGGGGAAACCACUUGAAGAUGGUGGGCUUGAAGUCACAGGGUACUUUGUUGAGCAUAAAAAAGAUGGAGAAGAGGAAUGGUUCAAGGACACACCAACUGCUUCACUGAGAAUUACAGAAUUUGUUAUUCCUAACUUGAAAGUGGGAGCAAAAUACCACUUCAGAGUCAGUGCAAUGAAUGCAGAGGGAGUUGGUGAACCAGCUCAAACUGAAGAACUGGUUGAAAUUAUUGAACGUGAAGAAGAGCCAGACUUUGAACUGGAUGUUGAGCUGAGAAGAACCCUUGUUGUCAGGGCGGGAUGUUCCAUCCGCAUAUUUGUGCCCAUUAAAGGUCGCCCAGCUCCUGAAGUAGCCUGGACGAAGGGCGAAGACGCACCACUCAAAGGACGUGCUAACAUUGACAGCACAGAGUCAUACACUAUGCUUGUCAUCCCUGACUGCACAAGAAAUGAUGCAGGAAGAUACAACUUGAUCCUUACGAAUGCUGCAGGAGAGAAGACUGCUCAUGUCAAUGUGAGAGUUCUGGAUUCACCUGGACCACCAAUUAAUCUGAAGCCAAAGCACAUUGACAAAGAGAGCAUCACUCUUCAAUGGGAACUGCCGCUUAUCGAUGGUGGUUCAAAGAUAACAAACUAUAUCAUUGAAAAGAGAGAGUCAACACGCAAAGCAUAUUCCACCAUAAUAUCAGUUUGUCCAAAUAGCACAGUUAGAAUUCCUGAUCUAGCAGAAGGGUCAGAAUAUUACUUCAGAGUAUCGGCUGAAAAUGAGUACGGAAUUGGCGAGUCGGUUGAGACUACAGAUCCAAUUCGAGCAUCUCAAGCACCAACACCCCCUGAGAGCGUUUAUGCUACAGAUGUCACCAAGACCGCUGUCAGUCUUGCAUGGACAAAGCCAAAACAUGACGGUGGUAGUAGAGUUACUGGAUAUGUCCUUGAAGCUCAAAAGAAGGGAGGAGACCAGUGGUCCCAUGUGACAACUGUCAAGACUAUGGACUUCAUAGUGAAGAACCUGAAUGAAAAUGAACAGUAUAUAUUCCGUGUCAUGGCUGUAAACCACUCCGGAAGAAGUGGUCCUUGUGACAGCAAGCCUGUUACUAUCAAGGAAACAAUAACAAUGCCAGAAUUUGACCUGCGUGGAAUAUGCCAGAAAAUUGUCAUUGCCAGGGCAGGAGAUGAGAUUAAAGUUGAGAUACCAGUUAUGGGACGUCCAAAACCAACUGUUUCAUGGACGAAAGAUGGUCAGCACCUCAAGAUAACCCCAAGAAUAAUCACUGAAUGUACUGCAACCACAAGUAUCCUGAAUAUAACAGAAUGCAUAAGGAGUGACACAGGACAUUAUGGCAUGACAGGGAAGAACAUAGUUGGCUCAGUGACAGAUACCAUCAUAGUAAAAGUGCACGAUGUCCCUGGACCUCCAAAGGGACCAAUAAAAAUAGAUGAAAUCUCCCGUACCUAUGCUGUCAUCUCUUGGGGAACACCUGAGAAUGAUGGAGGUGUACCAAUCAACAAUUACAUUGUUGAAUUAAGGGAAACUACGGGAACGUCAUGGGUAGAAUUGACAUCAUCAGUAAUCCGUACAAUAUUUAAAGCUACUCGUCUGAAGACUGGUGCGGAAUACCAGUUCAGAGUCAAAGCUAAAAACAGAUAUGGUGCUGGUCAACCAAUCAUCUCAGAGUCAGUGGUUGCUGCAUAUCCAUUCAAACCCCCUGGGCCACCUAGCACUCCAAAGGUUGUGGCCUUUACCAAAGACACAAUGACAAUUGGCUGGAAUGAACCUGUUUAUGAUGGUGGAAGUGAAGUCAUUGGAUAUCACAUUGAGAGGAAAGAGAGAAGCAGCAUCCUUUGGCAAAAGAUCAGCAAAUCCAUGGUGAAAGAUAAUCAAUUCAAAUCAAGUGGACUGGAAGAUGGAGUUGCAUAUGAAUUCCGCGUCACUGCUGAAAACAUGGCUGGAAUUGGUAAACCAAGCAAGGCUUCAGAAGCAAUGCUAGCCCUUGAUCCAGUGGAUCCACCAGGUCAACCAGAGCCAAUCUUUGUUUCCAAGAAUAUAGUAACAAUUCAAUGGACAAAGCCUGAAUAUGAUGGUGGGUUCAAGAUUACUGGCUACGUAGUGGAAAAGAGAGACUUACCAGCUGGUCGUUGGAUGAGGGCCAACUUCACAAACAUCAUUGAGACCACUUUCACUGUAAGUGGGUUAACUCAGAAUGAGGCCUAUGAAUUCCGUGUACUUGCCAAAAAUGCAGCUGGUUCAGUAAGUGAACCAUCUGAGCCAUCGGAUCCCAUCACCUGCACAGAUGAUAUUGUGGAACCACGAAUCAUGGUUGAUGCCAAAUUCAAGGAUGUGAUUCUCCUGAAAGCAGGGGAAAACUUCAAACUUGAUGCAGAUGUUGCAGGCCAACCACUACCAUCCAUGGUGUGGACCAAGGGUGGAAAGGAUAUUGAAAAUACGAUGAAAUUGACAAUUAAAAUGACUGACUUAACAACAACUCUGAUUAACAAAGACUCGUUAAGAAGAGAUGGAGGUGAAUUUGUUCUGACUGCCACAAAUGUUGGUGGGUUUGCCAAGCAUAUCUUUAAUGUCAAAGUCCUUGACAGACCAGGUCCACCUGGAGGACCCCUGGUGGUGUCAGAUAUCACAUCUGACAACUGUAUUUUGGAAUGGGCUCCACCCGCAGAUGAUGGUGGUGCAGAGAUUGACCAUUAUGUGAUUGAAAAGCGUGAAUCAAGCAGGCUUGCAUGGACAAAUUCGGCCUCAGGCUUAACUGAUACUCAAUUUAAGGUGAACAAGUUACUCAAAGGAAAUGAGUACAUAUUCAGAGUAAUGGCAGUCAACAAAUAUGGAGUCGGAGAGCCUCUAGAAUCUGCGCCAACUAUUGCAAACAAUCCAUGGGUGCCAGCAGAUCCUCCAAAGGAUCCUGAAGUAACAAUAAUCACUAAGGAUUCAAUGAUUCUUAUGUGGAAGGCUCCUGAGUACGAUGGUGGAACUCCAAUCACAAACUAUAAUAUUGAAAGGAAAGACAAGAUUGGUCUUCGCUGGGUAAAAUGCAACAAGAAGAAAGUAAAAGACUUGCAGUUCAAGGUAACUGGGCUUCAAGUAACACAUGAAUAUGAAUUCAGAAUUCUUGCAGAGAAUGCAGCUGGAUUAAGCUUACCAAGCAAUUCAAGUCCUUUCUACAAGGCUACUGACACCCUUUACGAACCAGGCCCUCCAGGCAACCCAAGAGUCGUGGACACAACCAAGUCAUCCAUUACGAUUGCAUGGAACAAGCCAAAUUAUGAUGGUGGUUCUGAAAUCACAGGAUACAUUGUGGAGACCUGCGUUCCUGGGGAGGAGGAAUGGACAAUUGUUACUCCGCCAGGAGGACUAAUGGGUACAUCGUUUACCCUUAUGAACUUAGAGGAGGACAAAGAGUGCAUGAUUCAAGUUUCUGCCGUAAACAGUGAGGGCAUUGGAGAGGAAGCAACUAUUCCUGGCACACCGAGAGCUGAAGACAGGCUGCUUCCACCGGAAUUUGACCUGGAUGCAGAGCUAAAGAAGGUUGUGAAUAUCAGAGCCUGUAACACAUUGAGACUUUUUGUACCUAUCAGAGGAAGACCAUCACCCGAGGCAAAAUGGACCAAAGAAGAUGGUGAACCUAUUACGAGAGCAACCAUUGAAAGCACAACUUCUUACACAUCACUGGUGGUGGAAAAUGUCAACCGAUUUGACAGUGGCAAGUACGUGCUCACAAUAGAAAACAGUUAUGGAUCCAAUACAGCUGCUGUGAAUGUCAGAGUGCUAGAUACCCCAGGUGCCCCGCAAAAUCUCAAGAUCAACAGCGUCACUAAAGAAUCUGUCACUCUUAUCUGGGAUGCUCCAGUAAAUGACGGUGGAGCAAAGAUUAAGAACUACAUUGUUGAAAAACGUGAAUCAACAAGGAAAGCAUAUGCCACUGUAAAAUCUAACUGUCAUAAGAACACCUGGAAAGUUGACCAGCUGCAGGAGGGAUGUAACUACUACUUCAGAGUUUUAGCUGAAAAUGAAUAUGGAAUUGGCCUACCAAUUGAAACCCGUGAAUCAGUUAAAGUUUCUGAAAAACCACAGCCUCCUGCCAAAAUCACCCUCGCCGAUGUUACCAAGACUAGUGCCACCCUGUCUUGGGAGAAACCAGAGCAUGACGGAGGAAGUAGAGUGGUAUGCUAUGUUGUUGAGAUGCUGAGCAAAGGUGCUGAGAAAUGGGUCCAGUCUUCCAUUGUCAAAACAUUAGAAGCAGUUGUCCCUGGACUGACACCAGGUGAAGAGUACAUGUUCCGUGUAGCAGCAAGAAAUGAAAAAGGAACAAGUGAUCCACGUCAAAUUGGUGUGCCAGUGAUUGCUAAAGAUCUUGUGAUUGUCCCAUCAGCUAAAAUGUUGUUCAACACAUUCAGUGUUCUAGCAGGAGAGGAUUUGACAGUACAGAUUCCGUUUAUUGCUCGUCCCCGAGCAACUAUUUCAUUCAUAAAGGACAAUCUACCUAUGAAGCGUACCACCAGAGUUAACUUUGGAGGAUCAGAUAAACUGAUCAAUCUUCAAAUCAAAGAGGCAUGCAGAGAAGAUGUUGGUCAGUACCGAAUCAUACUCGCAAACACCGCUGGGGAUACAUCUUUAUGCAUCUCAGUAGUUGUUCUUGACAAACCUGGACCACCAAAGGACCCAAUUAAAGUUGAGGCUGUUACUACUGACAGUGUGCUUUUCUCCUGGGCUCCACCAGAGUAUGAUGGUGGUGCAACAAUCAACAGCUACCUUGUAGAAAAGAGAGACACGUCCACACAAACUUGGUUGGUUGUGUCUCCAAAUCAUGCAAGAACAACGAUUAAAGCUUCGAGGCUGAAAAACGGUUCAGAGUACCAGUUCAGGGUGACAGCUCAGAACAGGUAUGGAAAGGGCCCAUCUCUGACCUCAGGGUCUGUUGUUGCUGAGUAUCCAUUCAAAUUACCAGGCCCUCCAGGAACACCAUCUGUACAGUCUUCCACAAAGGAUAGCAUGGUAGUUGUGUGGAAUGAGCCUGUUAAUGAUGGUGGAAGCACUGUGCUGGGAUAUCAUCUUGAGCGCAAAGAGAGAAACAGUAUUCUCUGGGUGAAGCUCAAUAAGUCUCUUAUCCAGGAUACAUCUUACAAGACCACUGGCCUGGAACCAGGACAGGAAUAUGAAUUCAGAGUUUACGCUGAAAACAUUGUGGGAAUUGGAAAAGUUAGCAAACUUUCCGAAGGUCACAUUUCUAGGGAUCCUUGCGAUCCCCCCGGAGAUCCUGAGGCUACUAAGAUAACAAAGGAUUCUGUAACAAUCACAUGGACAAAGCCAGAGUAUGAUGGUGGUGCCAACGUCACCGGCUAUAUUGUAGAGAAGAAAGAGUUGCCAGAGGGCCGCUGGAACAAAACCAACUUCACAAAUAUCAUUGAAACCGAGUAUGUGGCAACCAGCCUUGUGGAGAACCAGAAAUAUGAGUUCCGUGUUAUUGCAAGAAACGCAGCAGGUGUUUUCAGCCUUCCCUCAUACAGCACUGGACCAAUUACUGCUAAAGAUGAAAUCGACCCUCCUCGUAUUAGCAUUGACCCACAGUUCACACAAACUGUUUAUGUUAAUGCUGGAGAUGGCUUCAAAAUCGAUGCCGAUGUUCAUGGUAGUCCAAUACCCGAAAUCCUCUGGAUGAAGAGCGGCCAUGAGGCACCCCUUGCAAACACUAUCACCAGAGACAUAAAAAAUACAGACAGCACCACUUUGUUGACUGUCAAAGAGGCUAAACUUGAAGAUGGAGGAAAGUACACUUUACUUCUAAAGAAUCCAGGAGGCGAGAAGUCAGUGAAAAUCAAUGUGGUUGUUCUGGAUAAACCUGGGGCACCACAAGGUCCUAUCUCUGUCACUGGCAUCACAAAUGAUCAAUGUUGCCUUGCUUGGAAAUCCCCACUAUAUGAUGGCGGCAGUAAAAUCACUCAUUACAUUGUAGAGAGAAGGGAGACAAGCAGAUUAGUUUGGACUGUUGUUGAUAAUAAGUGUGAGUCAAAUUAUCUGAAGGUUACAAAACUCUUGGAGGGAAAUGAGUACAUUUUCAAAGUCCAGGCAGUAAACAAAUUUGGACUUAGUAUGGGUCUGGAAUCAAUUGCUGUGACUGUCAAAGACCCAUUCGUUCCCCCAGAUUCACCAAGUAGGUUGGAGGUUUCCGAUGUCAAAAAGGAUUCAAUGGUGAUUACCUGGGAGGCUCCUGGAUAUGAUGGUGGCAGUAAUAUUAUUGGAUACAUUAUUGAGAAGCACGAUAAGGAGGGUGUGAGAUGGACCAGAUGCAAUAGGAAGACAGUUACCGACUUAACCUACAAAGUCACCGGACUUAUGGAAAGUCAUAUUUAUGAAUUUAGAGUUCUGGCUGAGAAUGUCUCUGGAGUUGGAGAGCCAAGCUCCCCAACAGUUUUCUACAAGGCUUUGGAUCCAAUCUUCAGACCAGGUGCACCAAUUAAUCCUAAAGUAACUGACAUAAGCAAAACUUCAGUUUUCCUGUCAUGGGGCAAACCUAUAUAUGACGGAGGAUGUGAGAUUCAAGGAUACAUUGUGGAGAAAUGCGAAGAAGAACCUGCUGACGUGUGGACUAUCUGUACUCCACCAAGUGGCAUCAAACAAACAAGAUUUGAAGUUAGAAAAUUGGAGGAAAUGCAUUUGUACAAGUUCAGAGUUUGUGCUGUCAACAAGCUUGGUGUUGGAGACCAUGCAGAUGUCUCUGGAAUAAUUCUUGUCGAGGAGAGGAUUGAGGAACCAGAUCUGGACAUUGACCCAGACCUGAGAAAGGUUGUGAACAUUAAGGCUGGAUGUUCCCUCAGGCUGUUCAUUCCUAUCAGAGGGCGACCUCAACCUGAAGUCAAAUGGGGAAAGGAUGAAGGUCCAAUUAAGGAGAAUGCACAAGUUGAAGUGACAAGUAGUUACACGUCCCUUGUGAUUGACAAUGUCAACAGAUUUGACAGUGGAAAAUAUACUAUUUCUGCAGAGAACGCCAGUGGUGAAAAAUCUGCUUUAAUUAGCGUUAGAGUUCUUGACACACCUAGUGCCCCAGUCAACCUCAAAGUGAAAGAUAUCACUGGUGAAUCAGUGACACUUACAUGGGAUGCCCCUGUGUUGGAUGGAGGAGCUAAAAUCAGAAACUAUAUUGUUGAGAAGCGGGAAAGCACCAGGAAAGCCUAUGCAGCUGUGGUGACAAACUGCCACAAAUUAUCAUACAAGGUUGAGAACCUUCAAGAGGGUUGCAAUUAUUAUUUCCGAGUCCUUGCUGAAAACGAACAUGGUGUUGGCUUGCCUACAGCAACCAUUGAUCCCAUCAAAGCCUCAGAGGUACCCCAAAUCCCACGAAAACUGAGUGUUGUUGACCAAACCAAGACAAGCAUCUCUCUUGCCUGGGAGAAGCCUGAGCAUGAUGGUGGAAGUAGAAUCAUUCAUUACCUGCUAGAGAUACAACCUAAAGGCUCUGAGAAAUGGUCAGGUGUUGCAACUGUCAGAGCAAUGGAGUCUGUUGUCAACAAUCUAAAUCCGGGUGAAGAAUAUAUUUUCAGAGUGUUUGCUAUCAAUGACAAAGGAAAGAGUGACCCAAGGGAACUUGCACUUCCAGUGACAGCAAAGGACCUUGUUAUCGAGCCUGAUGUUAGACCUGCAUUUAGCAAUUACAGUGUUCGGGUUGGUAAAGACUUCAAGGUUGAAAUCCCGAUCGCAGGACGUCCUAAACCAGCAGUUAAAUGGACAAAGGAUGGAUCAAUCCUACUCCACACCUCAAGGGUUAAAAUCACUAACACUCCAGAGAGCACAACUCUAAGUAUCACAGAGGCUACAGGAGAAGAUGGCGGAAUGUAUGGCAUUAAUGUUACUAAUGUAGUUGGGGAAAAGAAUGCAACAAUUGAAAUCAUUGCUCUUGAUAAACCUGGCCCACCAAGUGGACCUGUAAAGUUUGAUGAAGUUACUAUUAACACUGCAACUAUUUCUUGGGGUCCACCAAAGCAUUCUGGUGGCUGCCAGAUUUCAAAUUACAUUGUUCAGAAAAGAGACACAACCACCACAUCUUGGGAGAAUGUUGCUGCCUCCGUGGCAAGAACUACGCUCAAGGUGCAAAGGCUGAAAACUGGGGCUGAAUAUCAAUUCAGAAUCAUUGCUCAAAAUCGAUAUGGCAAGAGUUACGGUUUGGACUCACAUCCUUUGACUAUAAAGUACCCUUACAAAGAACCUGGCCCACCCGGCACUCCAUUCAUUGCAUCUCUCUCCAAGGAAUAUAUGGUUGUGGAGUGGCAUGAACCAGUCGCAGAUGGAGGUAGUUCUGUUCUAGGCUAUCACCUUGAAAGGAAAGAGAGAAACAGCAUCCUCUGGACUAAGCUUAACAAGUCACUCGUUAAAGACACCAUUUACAAAACCGGUCCCUUAGAGGAGGCCGUUGAAUAUGAAUUCAGAGUUUAUGCUGAAAAUAUCGUUGGUAUUGGCAGAUGCAGCAAAAUCUCAGAGGGUUGUGUUGCACAUGAUCCUUGUGAUCCUCCUGGCACCCCAGAGGCUAUCAUUGUAAACAAAGAGUCCAUCACCAUUGAAUGGACAAAGCCAGAAUAUGAUGGAGGAAGUGUGAUUACUGGUUAUGUUGUUGAGAAACGUGACCUUCCAGAGGGACGCUGGAUGAAGGCAAACUUUACCAACGUUAUUGAGACCAGGUUUACUGCUACUGGACUAACUGCUGAUGCACAGUAUGACUUCAGAGUCAUUGCUAAGAAUGCAGUUGGAACAUUCAGCAAGCCAUCUUAUAACAGUGGACCUAUAACAGCAAACGAUGAGGUGGAAGCGCCAAAAUAUUCUAUUGAUCCUGCGUUCACCAAAACGAUCAUUAUCAAUGCAGGAGACACAUUCAAACUUGAUGCUGAUGUACAUGGAAAGCCAGUACCCACAAUCCAGUGGUUCAAGGAUGAUGUGGAAAUUGAAAAGAAUACAAUGAGAUUGGAGAUCAAAAAUACAGAAAGCGUCGCAAUGAUAGUUGUGAAGGAUUCUGUCAGAGUUGACGGUGGAAAUUACAAACUUGUCCUGACAAAUGUUGCUGGAUCAGAGUCAGUUCCAUUCAAGGUGAAUGUACUAGACAGACCAGGACCACCUGUAGGUUCACUCCAUGUCACUGGAGUCGCUUGUGACAAAUGUACUCUGUCAUGGCGUGCCCCACUACAUGAUGGAGGCAGUAACAUCACACACUACCUCAUUGAGAGGCGUGAAACCAGUCGUCUUGCUUGGACUAUGGUUUCUAACAGCUGUGAGACCACAGUGUAUAAAGUAACUAGUCUCCUGGAGGGCAAUGAGUAUAUUUUCCGUGUCAUGGCUAUCAACAGUUAUGGCAUUGGUGAACAUGUGGAGUCUUCAGCAGUAAUAAUGAAAAAUCCAUUUGUUGUCCCUGGCGCACCACAUGUUAAUGAUGUAACGAACAUUGCCCGGGAUUCCAUGACUGUCUGCUAUUCUGCACCAGAGACCGAUGGGGGAAGUGACAUUACUACUUACAUCAUUGAAAAGAAAGACAGAGCUGGAGUUAAAUGGACCAAAUGCAACAGGCAAAAGGUCACAGACCUAUCUUUCAGAGUAACAGGUCUGACAUCAGAUCAUGAAUAUGAGUUUAGAGUAUCUGCUGAAAAUGCAGCUGGUGUUGGUGAGCCAAGUCUACCAACGUCAUACUUUAAGGCCUGUGAUCCCAAGUACAAACCUGGGGCACCCACACAUGCACAUGUGAUUGAUACCACAAAGAGCUCAAUCACAGUCGCAUGGGGAAAGCCUCUCAGCGAUGGUGGCUGUCCUAUCCAGGGAUACAUUGUAGAGAUUUGCAAAGCUGAGGAGGAGGAAUGGACAAUGUGCACUCCACCAACAGGCCUGCGGGUCAAUAAAUUUGAAAUCACAAAACUUACAGAGGGUCAGGAAUAUCAGAUCCAGGUCUGUGCUAUCAACAAACUGGGUGUUGGUGAACUAGCUGCUGUAUCUGGAACAUCUAAACCAGAGGAGAAGGUAGAGGAUCCAGAAAUUCAACUGGACUCGGAAUUGAGGAAAGGAAUUGUGGUGCGUGCUGGAGGAUCUGUGAGAAUCAAUGUACCAUUCAAAGGCAGACCAACGCCAGAGAUUAAGUGGUGUAAGCUGAAGAAGGUUGAAGAAGUGGAGGAAGAACAAGAAUUGCAAGAGAAAGCAGUGGUUGAGAAAGGUCUCAACUAUACUCAGCUUUCCAUUGACUCUUGUGACAGAAGUGAUUCUGGAAAGUACAAUGUGACUGUGAAGAACAGCAGUGGUACCGUUUCUGAAUUUGUAACUGUGAAAGUGCUAGAUACACCAGGUGCCCCUCUGAAUCUCAAACUGACAGAGAUCAAGAAAGACUCCAUAACUCUUGUUUGGGAUGCCCCUCUUACUGAUGGCGGAGCGAAAAUCAAGAAUUAUGUUGUUGACAAACGUGAAUCAAUCAGGAAAGCUUUUGCAAAUGUAACAACCAAGGUCAACAAAACAACCUACAAAGUUGAAAACCUUGUUGAGGGGGCUAUGUAUUACUUCAGAGUUAUGGCUGAGAAUGAAUAUGGAAUUGGAUCGUCGACUGAAACAAAGCUUGCAACAAAGGCCUCUGAGGUGCCUCUUCCAGUCGGAAAGAUCUUCUUGACUGAUGUUACUAAAGUCAGCGCAUCGUUCGGAUGGGAAAAACCAGAGCAUGAUGGUGGAAGCAGAAUUACCGGUUACCUAGUUGAGAUGCAGCAAAAGGGAGGGGACAAAUGGGGUGUUGCAACAUCCACAAAGGGUGAUUGUCAUGGCACAGUCACUGGACUUACUGCUGGACAGGAGUAUCUGAUCCGUAUCAUAGCUUACAAUGAGAAGGGAAAGAGUGAGCCUAAAGCACUGGCUAUGCCAGUUGUUGCUAAUGACAUGACUAUUGAACCAAGCUUAAAACUCAUGUUCAACACCUACACCGUCAAAGCUGGUGACGAUCUGAUAGUAGAAAUCCCAGUGUUUGGUAGGCCGAAACCCCAAAUUGUUUGGAGGAAAGAGGGUCUGCCAUUGAAAAUAACAACAAGAGUGAAUGUGAUAAACACAGCAACAACUGCUACCAUUAAAAUUACUGAGGCAUGUAAGGACGACUUUGGAAAGUAUACCAUUACGGCAACUAACACAGCUGGCUUAUUCUCUGAAGACAUAGGAAUCACAAUCCUUGACAAACCUGGUCCACCAACCGGACCCAUUAAAGUCCUUGAAGUAAGCAAUAACUCUGUCAGUCUUUCAUGGGGUGCCCCGGAGUACACAGGCGGAUGUCAAGUAAAGCAUUACAAUGUGGAAAGACGAGAUACAACACAAACAGCAUGGCAAAGUGUGAAUGCACAGCUCGCUAGAACAGCUAUCAAAAUAACCAAGCUGAAAACUGGCGCAGAGUACUGUUUCAGAAUCUGUGCUGAGAAUAGAUAUGGAAAGGGCGCUCCUUUGGACACAAAAUCAAUUCUGGUGCAAUAUCCAUACAAAUCCCCAGGACCACCCGGAACUCCAUACAUCAAAUCUGCAACAAAGGAUCAAAUGAUUAUUGAAUGGAAUGAGCCAGUCAAUGAUGGUGGUAGUACGGUUAUUGGAUACCAUCUUGAAUCUAAAGAAAGAACCAGCAUUAUGUGGACGAAACUCAACAAAGCCCUCAUCGCUGAUACCUCUUUCAAGAUAUGUAAUCUUGAGGAGGACAUUGGAUAUGAAUACAGGGUCUAUGCUGAAAACAUUGUUGGCAUUGGCAGAGCAUCCAAAAUAUCAGAAUCAUUCGUUGCUCGAGAUCCAGUUGAUCUACCAGGUACCCCUGAGGCUACUGUUAUCUCCAAGAACCACAUUGUGAUUCAAUGGACUAAGCCACUGUAUGAUGGAGGCAGUAAGAUCACUGGAUAUAUUGUGGAGCGGAGAGAUCUAGCCAACAUUGAGGGUCGCUGGAUGAGAGCCAACUUCACAAAUGUCAUUGAGACAGAAUUUGCCAUCUCUGGCUUGACAGAAAAUGAACAAUAUGAGUUCAGAGUGAUUGCAAGAAAUGCCGCUGGUAUUUUCAGUGAGCCUUCUGACAGCACUGGACCCAUUACUGCCACAGAUGAGAUUGAAGCACCAAGAGCCUCAAUGGAUCCUAAAUACAAGGAUGUCAUUGUUGUUAAUGCUGGGGACAACUUAGUUUUGGAUGCUGACAUCUAUGGCAAACCCGCUCCUGAGGUCUUAUGGUUGAAGGAAGGAAAGCAAAUGGACAAAGCUCUUCGAAUUGAAGUGAAAACUACACAGAAACGUGCAGCUAUGCAUAUCAAGGACUGCACAAGGUUAGAUAGUGGAAACUAUGACCUCAGUCUCACCAAUAUUGGUGGGGUAAAGACAAUCCCAAUCACUGUGAAGGUCCUUGAUAAACCAGGUGCACCCACUGGACCACUGAGAGUCACUGGACUGACUGCCGACAGAUGCUUCCUAUCUUGGACUGAUCCCUCUCUGGAUGGUGGUGCAGCUAUAAGUCACUAUAUUCUGGAAAAGAGAGAGACCAGUCGGUUAUCCUGGACUGUGGUUAACGCAAAUAUUCAAGCUACAAAUUUCAAAGUGAUCAACCUACUGGAAUUGAACGAAUAUAUCUUCAGGGUUAGGGCUGUGAACAAAUAUGGCAUUGGUGAUCCUUUGGAGUGUGAGGCAGUAACUGCACGCAAUCCAUACAAGCCUCCAAGUGCACCCGGAACACCUGAAGCAAGUAAAAUAACAAAGGAUUCUAUGGUCCUAUCAUGGUCAAAGCCAGAGAACAAUGGUGGAGCAGAAAUUGACUGCUACCAUCUUGAGAAACGUGACAAAGAUGGUGUAAGGUGGACCAAAUGCAACCGGCAGCCAUUGACUGAUCUACACUUCAAAGUCACUGGGCUUUUGGAUGGUCAUUUCUAUGAAUAUCGUGUUUCUGCAGAGAACGAAGCUGGAGUGGGAGAUCUGAGCGAACUCUCCCUGUUCUACAGAGCAUGCAAUGCUACAACAGCACCUGGACCACCACACCAUCCUAAGGUGACAGAUCACACCAGCUCGACUGUGUCCUUGACUUGGGGCAAACCCGCUUCUGACGGUGGAGCAUACAUCAAAGGGUACAUUGUUGAAAUGAGAGAGGUGACAGAAGAUGAAUGGACCAUUUGUACACCCCCAACUGGCAUCCAAGCGACACACCUCACUAUUAAGGACUUGAAGGCAGGACUAGAAUACAAAUUCCGUGUCUGUGCUAUCAAUUCAGAGGGAGUUGGUGAACCUGCAGAUAUCCAUGGCACUGUGAUUGCUGCAGAAAGAGUUGAGGCACCAGAGAUUGAACUGGAUGCCAACCUCAGGAAGGUUGUCUCUGUCCGUGCAGGUGGAUCUCUGCGUCUGUUUGUCACAAUCAGAGGAAGACCUGAACCUGAAGUUAAAUGGGCAAAGUUGGACGGCGAGCUGACAGAACGUGUCAUGAUAGAAUCCACAAGCUCAUAUACUAUGCUUGUAAUUGACAAUGUAAACCGAUUCGACAGUGGCAAAUAUACAUUGAACCUUGAGAAUAACACUGGUGAAAAAUCUGCACUUAUCAACGUCAGAGUGUUGGACACACCAAGUGCUCCACAGGCCUUUGCAGUCAAAGAUAUCAAAAAAGAUUCUGUGAAUCUUGUUUGGGAAACACCACUCACAGACGGUGGAUCAAAAAUAACCAAUUACAUUGUGGAGAAGCGAGAAUCCACCAGAAAGGCUUACACUGCCGUGACAACUAACUGCUUAUCUAAUUCCUUCAAGAUUGAUGAGUUGCCAGAGGGAUGCAUUUUCUACUUCCGUGUAUGUGCUGUAAAUGAGUAUGGCAUUGGGUUGAUGGCUGAAACCAAAAACCCAAUUAAAGUUUCUGAAGUGCCUAUGCCACCACGAAAUGUCAGAGUUACAGAUCUCACGAAAAACAGUGUAUCACUUGCCUGGGAAAAGCCAGCUCAUGAUGGUGGAAGCAAAGUAAUGUGCUACAACGUUGAGGUGCAAGGUAAGGAUGACAAGGGUACCCAGAAGUGGAAUACUUCAUGCACAGUCAAAAUCCUGGAAACAACUAUUGCAAACCUAGUAGCAGGUGACGCAUAUUCAUUCAGAGUCAUUGCAAUCAACGAGAAGGGAAAGAGUGUACCAAAGGAACUUGGUCUACCUGUGACAACAAAAGAUAUUGCUAUUGAACCCUCAAUUGAGGUGUUAUUCAACACUUACAGUGUGAAGGCUGGAGGUGAUCUUACAGUUGAAAUCCCAGUUAGGGGCCGACCUAAACCUGUUAUUGCAUGGAAACAUCAUGGCCUUCCUUUGAAGCAAACAAGCUCAUUGACAAUUCUGAAUACCAAGACCUCAUCCAAAAUUAUUAUAAAGGAGGCGGGCAGAGAACAUGUCGGAAAAUAUGAAAUCACUGCCGCAAACCCAGGUGGAAUGAAAAUAGCAGAGAUUGGAAUUAUUGUCCUUGACAAACCUGGUCCACCAACUGCUAUCAAACCAACUGCUGUAACUUCAGACAGUAUUUCAUUGUCAUGGGCUCCACCAGAGUAUGAUGGUGGUUGCUGCAUCAACAACUACAUUGUAGAGAAAAGAGAUACAAACGCAACAGAUUGGCAAAUGGUCUCAGCAAAUGUUGCAACAACAGCAAUUAAAGCCUCCCGAUUGACAAAGGGUGCUGAAUACCAGUUCCGUAUCUAUGCUGUAAAUCGUUAUGGAAAGAGUCAACAUACAGAUUCCCGUGGAAUUACAGCCCAGUAUAACUUCAAGCUACCUGGCCCACCAUCGACUCCUAAAGUGGUACAUGCAACCAAGAUUUACAUGCUUGUCACAUGGAAUGAGCCAGUCAACGACGGAGGCAGCACAGUUCUUGGAUAUCAUUUGGAGCGAAAGGAGAGAACCAGUAUCAUCUGGAACAAGAUGAAUAGAGGUCUCAUCAAAGAUACAGAAUACAAAGUGACUGGCAUUGAAGAGGGCAUGGGGUACGAAUACCGCGUUUACGCUGAAAACAUUGCUGGAAUUGGAAAAUGCAGCAAAGCAUGUGAGGCUGUUUCUGCAAGAGAUCCAUGCGAUCCCCCUGGCGAGCCAACAGUGACAGGUAUCACAAGAACAUCAGUAUCCCUCGCUUGGACGAAGCCAGAGUACGAUGGUGGAGCCAAGGUUACUGGUUACAUUAUUGAACGCAGAGAUCUCCCAGAAGGCCGCUGGAUGAGGUGUAACUUCACCAACGUGGUGGAAACGUACUAUGACGUCACAGGCCUUACCAAGGACCAGCAGUAUGACUUCCGUGUCAUUGCAAAGAAUGCUGCUGGAUGCUUCAGUGACCCAUCUUAUUCCACUGGUUCAAUCACAGUCAAGGAUGAUGUGGAUCCACCACGUAUCAUGAUGGACGUGAAGUACAGAGCUGUUGUCGUUGUGAAAGCAGGAGAUGUUCUUAAAAUCAAUGCAGAUAUCGCUGGUCGUCCACUGCCAGUAACAUCAUGGAAAAAAGAUGGCAAAGAGAUCGAGCUCAGGGCCAGAAUUCUGAUUCUUGCAACAGAUACCAGCACCUCAGUAAUUGUGAAGGACUGCAUAAGGCGUGAUUCUGGACAAUAUACUUUAACUCUGCAAAAUAUUGCCGGAACAGUAUCUACACCAGUGGACGUUGUGAUCCUGGAUAAGCCAGGACCUCCCGCUGGCCCCCUGGCGACUACAGGCAUUACAGCUGAAGAUGUCACCUUAGCAUGGGGUCCUCCUCAAGAAGCAGGCGGUGCAGAUAUCACACACUACGUUGUUGAGAAACGUGAAACAAGCCGUCUUGCUUGGACAGUGGUGAAUGCAGAUCUGAACAGGACACAUUUCAAGGUCACAAAUCUCCUCAAGGGUAAUGAAUACAUCUUCAGGGUCAUGGCCGUCAAUAAGUAUGGACUUGGCGAGGCCCUUGAGAGUGAGGUCGUCAAAGUGGCUGAUCCAUUCACAAAACCAUCUGCUCCCACAAAUUGUGAGAUCACGGAGGUAUCCAGUGAGGAGAUGAAACUUGUCUGGCAGAAACCUGUUUCAGAUGGAGGCAGUGAAAUUACUGGAUAUGUAAUUGAAAGGCGCGACACGGCAGGUCUACUCUGGGUCCGUGUGAACAGAGAGCUUGUGACUGAAUUGGCAACUAUAGCAACUAAACUACGAAAAGGAUAUGAAUAUGUGUUCCGCGUGUUUGCUGAAAACGCUGCUGGUUUGAGUCCUCCAAGUGAAGCAUGCCCAUCGUUUAGGGCUGAAGAUGAACAGGUCGAGCCAGACCCACCAAGUAAACCAAAGGUUGUUGAUUCAACCAAGAGUUCAAUCUCCAUCAUUUGGAACAAGCCACUAGAAGAUGGUGGAGCUCCCAUCCUUGGAUACAGUGUGGAGUAUAAGAAACUUAAGGACGAGGAAUGGACAGUGGCCAUUCAGAACAUGAAGAGCAUGGAGUUCACCGUCUCUGGACUUACAGCAGAUGAAGAAUAUGAGUUUGCUGUUAAGGCAAUAAACAAGAUUGGUGAAAGCGAGCAAAGUCCAAUUUCUGAGCCUAUCGCAGCAAUGGAUAGAACUGUGGAGCCUAUGUUUGAUGUUGACAUAGAAAUGCGCAAGACAUUGAUUGUCAAGCAUGGCAACUCAUUCACUCUGACUGUACCUUAUAAGGGAAAACCUGCACCAUCAGUAGAAUGGAGCAAGGAGGAAGUAGACCUCAAGGCAAGAGCAACCAUUGAAACAAAUCACAGCUGCACUUCACUAACAAUUGAAACGGCAACAAGAAAUGACUCUGGACAGUACACUGUAACAUUAGAGAAUGGCAUUGGAGACCCAGUAACAUUACCAAUAGUUGUAAAGGUUCUUGACUCUCCUGGACCACCACUUAAUGUAGUUGUUAAGGAUGUCACCAAAGACACUGCUACCGUUACAUGGGAAGCUCCAGAAAAUGAUGGAGGUGAUGUUGUGAAGGCCUACCAUGUUGAGAAACGUGAAGCCAGCAAAAAGGCAUGGGUGUGUGUGACUAACAACUGCCACGCGUUGUCCUACAAAGUGGAAGAUUUACAAGAGGGAGCCUUCUAUUACUUCAGAGUCAUGGGAGAAAACGAAUUCGGAGUGGGUGUAGCUGCUAUCCCCAAGAAUGGAACAAAGAUUACAGAAAAACCAAGUCCACCUCAAAAGCUUGGGGCUAUUGCGGUAACCAAGGACAGUGUUACAAUCGGAUGGAUGAGACCAGAACACGAUGGUGGAAGCAGAGUAACUCAGUACUUCAUUGAAGCACUUGAGAAAGGACAACCCAAAUGGUCGAAGGUUACUCUUGUGAACACAACUUCCUUCCAAAUCAAAAACUUGAAGGAAAAUGCUGAAUACUUCUUCAGAGUUAGUGCUCAGAAUCAUGCUGGAUUCGGCGAACCCAAAGAGAUGAUCGUUCCUGUUGUAGUGAAAGAUCAACUGGAGGCCCCAGAUUUUGACAUGAAGAACUACCCCAGCAAUACUGUCUAUGUGAGAUCAGGAUCAAAUCUGACCUUUGAGCUUCCUAUGACCAGCAAACCUUUGGCAAAGGUUAUUCUAUCAAGAAACACUGUUAUUCUGAAACCAUCCAAGAGAUUGGUCACUCAAGUUACUGCUGAAAGCCUGAUCAUCAAACUGAACGAGAGCAUUGCAAGUGAUGCUGGCAGAUAUGACAUCAUCGCCUCCAAUACAAGUGGUAUCACCAAGAUGUUCAUCAACAUCGUUGUGUUGGAUAGACCUGGUCCUCCAACUGGCCCUAUUGAGGUUGGUGAAGUGACUGAAUCCACAGUGGCUCUCAAAUGGGCUCCUCCUGUGUAUGAUGGUGGCAGCCCAGUUACCAACUACGUUGUACUGAGACGUGAAACAAGCACACCUGCUUGGACUGAAGUGUCUUCUCAGGUUGCGAGAAGUGCCAUAAAGGCCGGCAAGCUUACCAAAGGAGAGGAAUAUCAGUUCAGAAUCAAGGCAGAGAAUCGCUUUGGUAUCAGUGACCACAUUGACACCCCACCAAUCACAGUGAAGCUUCCAUACACAUUCCCUGGCCCUCCAUCAACACCAUGGGUAACCAUGGUUUCAAGAGAGAGCAUUACAGUCAACUGGAACGAGCCUGUCACAGAUGGAGGAAACACUGUCACAGGCUACCACCUGCAGAUGAAAGAGAGAAGCAGUAUUCUGUGGCAAAAGGUCAACAAAGUAGCAAUCAUUGGAACACAGCUGAGAGUAACAAACAUCUGCCCUGGCCUCAUCUACGAAUUCAAGGUGACAGCAGAAAAUGCAGCUGGUAUUGGAAAAAUCAGCAAAAUAUCAGAAGAGGUGCUCGCCAUUGAUAACUGCGAGCCCCCGGCAGCUGUAAGAGUCUCCGAGAUCACAAAGAACUCCAUCAGUCUGGCCUGGGUUAGGCCGCCUUAUGAUGGUGGCAGCAAGAUCACUGGAUACAUGGUGGAGAGGAAGGACUGCCCAGAUGGCAGAUGGACAAGGGCCAACUUCACUAACGUGAUUGAGAUGAACUUCACAAUGUCAUGCUUGACCCAGAAUGAAUCCUAUGAGUUCAGAGUUUACGCAAAGAACGCAAUCGGUUCUAUCAGCAAUCCAUCUGAUGUCGUCGGUCCAAUCACUUGUGUCGAUUCAUGUGGUGCCCCUGCGAUCGAUCUUCCUCCAGAGUAUUUAGAUGUUGUGAAAUACAAAGCCGGAUCCAUGGUUAAGAUCAGAGUGGGAAUUCUUGCCAAGCCUCUGCCAACAAUUGAGUGGUACAAGGAUGGAAAAGAAAUGGUGUCAAGCACUACACUAUCCAUCGAGAGCACUACUGAUUGCUCUAGUCUUCUCAUCAAGGACGCAACUCGUAGCCACACUGGCACAUAUGAAAUAAAGAUCAAAAACGCUCUGGGUUCGGCAUCUGCCACCAUCAGGAUAGAAGUUCUAGACAAACCUGGACCACCUCCUGGCUUGAUUCAGUUUAUGCUAGUCACAGCAGACAAGAUCAUUCUUAAGUGGGAGCCAAUCACUGAUGAGGGUGGUGCUAAGGUCAGCCAUUAUGUUGUGGAGAAACGUGAAACCAGCAGAGUGGUAUGGUCUACCGUGUCUGAGAGACUAGAAGAGUGCUACAUAGGUGUCAUGAAGUUGGUACGAGGAAAUGAGUACAUUUUCCGUGUGAGGGGUGUCAACAAGUUCGGAAAUGGAGAGCCCUUGGACUCUGAGCCUGUUAUUGCCAAAAAUUUAUUUGUUACCCCAGGACAGCCUGCCACACCAGAGGUAACAACUAUAACCAAAUCAACAAUGGUAGUUGUAUGGGACAAACCAGGUGUGGAUGGCGGUAGUCAAGUAACUGGCUACUACCUUGAGAGACGUGACAAGAAGAGCCUUCGCUGGAUAAAGGUCUUGAAAGAUCCGAUUAACAACACCACUACGACUAUCUUUAACCUAACAGAAGGCAAUGAAUAUCAAUACCGUGUGUGUGCCAUCAACAAAGCCGGAGAGGGCCCCUUCUCAGAUGUGUCUGACUACUACAAAGCAGCUGAUCCAGUUGAACCACCAUAUGAACCUACCAAGCUCAAAGUGGUUGACUCAACCAAGACAUCUAUCACCCUUGGAUGGGCCAAGCCAGAGUGGGACGGAGGCAGUGAGAUCCUCAGCUACGUUGUUGAACAGCUGACGGACGUGGAGGAAGGAGAAGAAGAGGAGGAAGAAGAAGCAGACAAUGGAGAAUGGAUUGUAAUCAGCCAGAAGGGAGAAGUGAGGACAGCAGAGUACGUUGUGUCCGGCCUAACACCAGAUGUUGACUACUACUUCCGUGUAUCUGCAGUCAACAUCGCAGGGCGUGGAGAGGCCAUUAAGAUGAAAGAGCCCGUUCAUGCUAAGGAUAUUCUGGAGGAAGCUAUCUUCGAUCCAGAUGUUGCCAUGAGAACUCACUACAUCGUAAAAGCCAAGCAGGAUGUGGAGAUCACAGUGCCCCUCAAGGGCAGACCUGCACCUAGUGCUACUUGGAUGUUCGGAGACGAGAACAUCGACAAUAAUAAAAAAUAUGAAAUCCACCACACAGAUACUACAUCAACCCUUGUUAUUCCAGAAGUCAGCCGUAAUGACACUGGUAGGUACACUGUGAAGAUUGAAAACGGUGUAGGAGAGCCAAAGUCAAUGACACUGUCUGUGAAGGUUCAAGACUCACCAGCUGUCUGCACAAACCUGGUGUUGAAGGAUGUCACUCGUGGUAAAGUAACCAUGUGCUGGGAAGAACCUGAACUUGAUGGUGGUGCUGAUAUUACCAAUUACAUCAUUGAAAAGAGAGACUCAUCCAAGAGAUCCUACUCUAGUGUGACAACCAAAUGCACAGAACAAUUUUAUACCAUUGAAGAUCUCUCAGAGAAAACAUCCUUCUUCUUCCGUGUAUCAGCAGAGAAUGAAUUUGGAAUAAGUGAUCCUUGCAGCACAGUUGAACCAGUAAAAGCUACAGAAACUCCUGGUCCAGUCAAAGAAGUUUCUAUGAAGGAUGCCUCAAAGACCUCUGUAACACUGCAGUGGGUGAAGCCUGAUUAUGAUGGUGGAAGCAUCAUAUCUGACUACGUCAUUGAGAAGAGACUCAAGGGUGAAGAGGACUGGGCAGCUGCCGGCUGCAGCAAACAAUGUGAACACAAAGUACCAAAACUCAAAGAAACCUCACAAAUGAAUUUCAGAGUUGCCGCCAGAAAUGAAAAGGGGAAGGGUGACUUCACUGAAAUUGGACCAAUUGAAGUGAAGGACUUUGUCAUCCCACCAGAGGCCAACCUGGAUGAGUAUCCAGGUGGGGAAAUCAGUGUCCGUGUGGGCCAUAAUGUACACAUUGAAUUGCCCUAUAAGGGUAAACCCAGACCUGCCACGUAUUGGCUUAAGGACAAUAUGCCACUGAAGGAGAGCGAACUAGUACGCUUCAGGAAAACAGACAACAAAGUUGUUCUCAUGAUCAAGAAUGUGAGACCAGAGCAUGGUGGGAAAUACACACUUACUCUUGAUAACAGGGUGUACAGAAAAUCCUUCAACGUUUUUGUCAUAACUCGCGGACCACCAUCAAAGCCUGUCGCACCCAUCAACUUUGAUGAGGUCAGAGCAGACAGUGUCACAAUAUCCUGGGAGGAGCCAAAUGAUUACGGAGGUGGAGAAAUCACUUGCUACUCUGUAGAGAAGCGCGACACAUCUCAGAAUGACUGGAAGAUGGCAUGCUCUAGUGUCACUGACACAACAUUCAAGGUGCCCAACUUGAUCAAGGGAAUAGGGUACCAGUUCAGAGUGCGUGCUGAGAAUAUAUAUGGAGUCAGUGAGCCGCUGGUGUCACCAAGCGUUGUCGCUAAACACCAGUUCAGGCCUGCAGGUCCACCAGGAAAGCCUGUUGUGUACAACGUCACCAACGACGGAAUGACAAUUCAGUGGGAGCUGCCCGUCUUCAAUGGUGGCUGUCCAGUCAAGGGCUACCAUGUUGAGAAGAAGGAGAAGAACAGUGUCAUGUGGCAGAAGGUCAACACUGUGGCUAUCCCUGGAACAGACUACAGAAUCCUUGGCCUUAUUGAAGGACUGGAAUAUCAAUUCAGAGUCUACGCUCAGAAUGAUGCCGGAUUCAGCCGCAAGAGUGACGAAAGCAACACCACCAUGGCAGUUUCUCCAGUUGAUCCACCUGGUCAACCUGACUACACUGAUGUGACCAGCAAUUCUGUCGCCCUGAAAUGGGACGCACCCAAACGUGAUGGCGGCAGCAAGAUUGUGGCUUACAAUGUUGAAAAACGCCAAGGACAGGGCCGCUGGCUGAAGAGCAACUUCACUGAUGUCCACGACACCCAGUUUACUGUCACUGGUCUUGCUUGCAAUGAACGCUAUGAGUUCAGAAUUAUUGCAAGAAAUGCUAUUGGCGUAGUGAGUCCCCCAUCCAACUCAUCUGGACACAUCGUGGUCAGAGAUGAAAGUGCUUCUCCAAACAUUGAGUUUGGCGCAGAGUAUUUUGAGGGACUCACAAUCAAGGCAGGAGACAAUAUGAGACUAAAAGUAUCGAUCACUGGACGACCACAGCCCAAGGUUGUGUGGUUCAGAGACGGCGUGCAAAUCACCAAGUCGAUGAUGGACACCACCACAGUUGCUGGAUCAAGCAUGCUCUUUGUACGUGAUGCUGACCGCAGUCACAAAGGAACUUACACAGUGGAAGCCACCAAUAGCCAAGGAACCAAGAAGGAGGACAUCAUUGUCCAAGUCCAUGAUACUCCUGGAGAGCCGGUGGGACCUAUCAUUUUCAGUGAUAUCGCUGAAGGAAAAGUGACCCUCACAUGGAAUCCACCGGAGAACGACGGCUGCUCUGACAUCUCUCACUACAUUGUUGAGAAGCGUGAGACCUCUAAGAUCUCAUGGGCACUUGUCUCGGAUUGCUGUAAAGAAACAGUAUACCACGCCACCAAGCUGAUGAAGACCAAUGAGUACCAGUUCCGUGUUUCUGCUGUCAACAGGUUUGGUACCGGCCGACCAUUGGAUUCAAGUCCCAUCAUUGCACAAAUGCAAUAUACUACUCCUGAUGCACCUGGCACACCUGAUUCCACUGCAGUUUCUGGAGACAGUAUCACACUGGCAUGGGAAGCACCCACAUCUGAUGGAGGAAAUCCUAUUCAGUACUACAUUGUUGAAAAACGUGAGAAGAAGACUGUCCGCUGGGACAAGGUGAGGUCAAAGAAGCCCAUUGUGGAGCCUGCUCACCGGGUGGAUCAUCUCACUGAAGAUAUGGAGUAUGAGUUCCGUGUGAUGGCAGUAAACAACGCCGGUAUCGGAGCACCGAGUAACAUCUCAAUGGCCAUUAAAGCCAGCGAGCCAAAAGAUAUUGCAUGCGCUUCAUCUGUGGUUCAUGUAACCGACUCUACAGAUACAACUAUCAGUUUGGAAUGGACCAAGCCUAAAGAUGAUGGUGGCAGUCCCAUCCAUGGAUACGUCAUUGAGUUGCACAAGGAUACCAGAGAAUGGAUCAGAAUCAAUGAGGAUCUGGUCAAUGAUACAAAAUACGUUGCAACUGGUUUGGAAACUGGUUCAUACUACCUGCUUCGUGUUUCUGCCCAGAAUAGUAUUGGAAAGGGAGAGGAGCAAGAGAUUCCUGAGCCAGUACAGGCUGUGGACAGACACGUAAAACCUGACGUUGAUAUUGACGCUACCUUCAAACAUACACACAUUGUGAAGAAGGGAGGCACCGUCUGUCUCCGUAUCGCCUACAAAGGAAAACCAACUCCUUCAGUUAAAUGGAGUAAAGAAGAUGAAGAAGAACUUGGUGUCAUGACAGAUAUUACUACUACAGAGACCUACACUGCUCUAACGAUAGAAAAGUGUACCAGAUACGAUUCUGGAAGAUACACUCUUACUCUGGAGAACAGCAGUGGCGUAAGGGAAGUUGAUUUCAUUGUAAAGGUAUUGGAUACACCUGGACUUCCAGGACCUAUUGCCUUUGCAGAAGUGUCCAGAGGAGCACUGACACUGGUUUGGGAACCUCCAGCUAAUGAAGGUGGAGCUCGCGUUCAACAUUACAUUGUAGAGAGGCGCGAGGCAAGUCGUCGUACCUGGAACCAAUCCGGUGGCAAGGUCACUGCGCUAUCCUUACAUAUCCAGGAUCUUCUGGAAGGUGUUCCCUACUUUUUCAGAGUCUCAGGAGAGAACCAGUACGGUAUUGGUGAACCUUUUGAGACGAUAGAUCCCAUUAUUGCUACUGCAGAGCCUUCUUCACCAAUGAGAUUGGAUGUUGUGGACGUCACAGACACUACAGCAACACUCUCCUGGGUCAAACCCGAGCACGACGGUGGUAGUCGUAUCACAGGCUACAUCAUUGAGCAUAAGGCAAAGACCACAGAUAAAUGGGUCGUUGGUGGUGAGACCAAGAACGAGAGCAUCACUCUAGAAUUAUGUAGGACUGCAGAGUAUGAGUUCCGCGUUAAGGCAAAGAACGAUGCAGGCAACAGCUUACCAAGAGAAGCACUAUCCUCAGUGGUAAUCAAAGAGCCACAGAUUGAACCAACUGCAGAUCUCAGUGAAAUAUCUAACCAGGAGGUCAUCUGUAAAGUGGGUAAUACCUUCACCAUCGAUGUGCCCAUCACUGGUAGACCAGCACCGAAGGUAAUCUGGAAACUGGAGGAGAUGAGGCUGAAAGACACUGAAAGGGUUGCAAUCAAGACUGUCAAAGACAGAACAACCCUGUCUGUCAGAGACGCCAUGAGGGGCGAUGGUGGCAGAUACUUCCUCAGUCUGGAAAAUUCUGCUGGAUCCAAGACGUUCUUCGUUACUGUCAAUGUCAUUGGAAGACCUGGUCCCCCCGUUGGACCCGUUGAAGUUUCAUCCAUAACAUCAGAAUCAUGUGAGAUUGCUUGGGAAGCACCAGAGGAUGACGGUGGAACAGAUAUCACCAACUACAUCGUUGAGAAGCGUGAAUCUGGCUCCACUGCCUGGACACUCAUCAACUCCAGUGUGAAACGCACCAACCUCAGUGUGGGACAUCUGACAAAGUACAUGCAAUACACCUUCCGCGUCAGUGCUGAGAACAGAUUUGGCACAAGCAAAUCAACUGAAUCUGAGACCAUUGUCGCUGAGAAUCCAUUCGGUCCUGCUGGUGCACCAACCAGACCUUCUGUAUACAACGUGGCUUCCACCACCUGCCACAUUCGCUGGGAGGAGCCAUACCACGAUGGCGGCAGCAAGGUGACUGGAUACUGGAUUGAAAAGAAAGAACGAAACAACAUCCUUUGGGUGAGGGAGAACAAGAUCCCAUGCUUUGAAUGUGACUACAGAGUAGAGGGACUUAUUGAAGGCCUUUCGUACCAGUUCCGUGUCUUUGCAAUGAACAGUGGUGGCCUCGGCAAAGCUAGCGAGGCAUCCAAGCCUAUGGUGGCUCAAAAUCCAGUUGAUCCUCCUGGUAGACCAGAAGUAACUGAGGUGGGCAGAUCUACAGUGUCCAUCAAAUGGUCUACACCACUUGACGAUGGUGGCUUCCCAAUUGUGGGUUACAUUGUUGAGCGCAAGCCAUACACCAUCACUGGCGAAGGUCGCUGGCUGAAGUGUAACUACACCAAUGUCACAGAAAAUAACUUCUCGAUCACUGCACUUGGUGAAGGAGAGGUCUACGAGUUCCGAGUCAUUGCCAAGAACUCCAACCAAGUUUUCAGUAUGCCUUCAGAGUCAACCGGCGCAGUCACAUGCAAAGCAGAAUACACUCCUCCAAAGGCAGACCUCGACAGCAAACUUCUGGUUGACACGGUUACAAUCAGAGCCGGCUCAGACCUUGUUCUGGAUGCUGCUGUUGGUGGUAAACCUGACCCCAAAGUGUUCUGGGCCAAGGGAGAUAAGGAACUGGAGCUGUGUGAGAAGUACUCCCUGCAGUACACCAGCACACGUGCCAUGGCCAUUAUCAAAUUCUGUGACAGAGAUGAUACCGGGAAGUACGUUCUCACUGUAAAGAACGCCAGUGGCAUCAAGUCAGCCGAAGUUAACGUGCAAGUACUUGAUACACCUGGUGCUCCUGACGGCAAAAUCACCAUCAGCCAUAUUUCUGAAGAGAAAUGCACUGUGUCUUGGAAACCCUCUCUGGAGAGUGGUGGUGACCCAGUGACACAUUACAUUGUUGAGAGACGCGACACCAACAGACUCAACUGGGUGAUCAUGGAAGCUGAGUGCAAGGAACACACCUGUGAGAUCACUAGACUGUUCAAGAACACUGAGUACCUCUUCCGCGUGAGAGGUGUCAACAAGUAUGGAUCCGGCGUUCCACUGCAAUCUGGUCCUAUCAUCGCCAGAAACAUGUUCACUGUCCCAUCUGCUCCUGGCACACCAGAGAUUCUUGCUGUAGGAAAAGAUUUUGCUAGCAUUGAAUGGCUAAAACCAGAGAGCGACGGUGGCAGUCCUAUAACUGGCUAUCUGAUUGAGAAACAUGAAAAGAAGAGUGCCAGAUGGAUCAAGGUGAACAGAGAUGCCACACUUAUGGACACAAGCUUCAAGAUAACUGGCCUCGUGGAGGGCAACAUCUACCAGUUCCGUGUAUCAGCUGUCAACAAGGCUGGUGAGAGUGAACCCAGUGAGCUGUCUCUCUAUGCUGUCUGCAGAACACCAACAAGUACUCCUCCACCUCCCACAAUUCCACGUAUUAUCGAUACUACCAAGGACAGUGUCAGCCUUGCUUGGACCAGACCCUUGGAGGACGGAGGUUCUGAUAUAAUCGGAUACGUUCUGGAGAUGCAAGAACAGGAUACAGGUGUGUGGGUUAAGGCCCAUGAGAAGAACCUGAGACUCACAGAACACGUUGUGACUGGCCUUACAACUGGCAAGAUGUACCGCUUCAGAGUGGCUGCAGUUAACUUCAAUGGAGUCGGUGAAUUUAGUAGAUCCUGCGCAGCAGUCGAGGUUAUCGAGAAAAUUGAAACUCCUGAUAUUGAGCUUCAUGAUGAUAUGACCAAGACCAUCUGCCUGAGAGCCGGAGGUUCUCUUCGUCUCUUUGCCACAGUCAUUGGACGACCAAUCCCUGCAGUUACCUGGAGCAAACCUGGUGUCGACCUCAACAACCGUGGCUUCAUUGAAGUCACUAAAACUUCCACACAAAUCAUUAUUGACAAAGUGCACCGCUAUGAUGCUGGCAAAUAUACCAUUGAGGCAAAGAAUGAAUCUGGCGAAAAGACAGCUACCAUUAUUGUCAAGGUCUAUGAUACUCCUGGUCCAACUGGCCCAAUUAAGAUCAAGGAACUUGAGAAGGACUCCAUUACCAUUGCAUGGGAUCCUCCUACUGUUGAUGGUGGAGCACCAGUGAAUAAUUACAUCAUUGAGAGACGCGAAGCAUCAAUGAGAGCUUACAAGACUGUGACAUCCAAAUGCAGCAAGACAUCAUACAAAAUCGACGGACUCUUCGAGGGAAUGCUGUAUUACUUCAGAGUCCUCCCAGAAAACCUGUACGGUGUGGGAGAGCCAUGUGAAACCCCUGAUGUAAUUUUGGUGUGCGAGGUGCCUUUGCCCCCUGCGACACUGGAGGUUGUGGAUAUCACCAAGACCACAGUAACACUUGGAUGGGAAAAACCAGAGCAUGACGGUGGAAGCAGACUCACAGGCUACAUCAUUGAAGCUUGUAAAUUUGGCACAGACAAAUGGAUGAAGGUGACAACAGUGAAGACAACUGACUUUGAGUUUACUAUGACUUCUUUGACUGAGAAAGAUCAGUUUAUGUUCAGAGUCAGAGCUGUUAACAGCAGGGGAGCCAGUGCACCAAAGGAGCUUGUUGCAGCCGUAACAGUCCAAGAACAAAGAGUUCUGCCAAAGGUUGAUCUGUCUAGUAUCCCACAGAAGUUUGUCAAUGUGUUGGCUGGUAAACCACUUGAGCUGCACUUGCCAAUAGUCGGUAGACCCCCACCAGUUUGCUCAUGGUACUUCAGUGGUCAGAAGCUGAAGAUCACUCAGCGUACGAAGAUUCAGACCACUGGAAAGUUCUCUAAGCUAACCGUGCUUGAUACUUCCAUCGACGACAGCGGUAACUACACUCUUGAAGUGAAGAACGUCACAGGAGAGACAUCUGAGAUCAUUAAAGUGAUCAUUCUUGACAAACCUGAUGAGCCUAAAGGACCAGUCAGGUUUGAUGGGGUUGAUGCCACCUCAGUGACCAUCAGCUGGGAUCCUCCAGAGAGAAACGGAGGUGCCCCUGUCAGCGGCUAUGUUGUUGAGCAGCGUGAAGCCCACCGUCCUGGAUGGCUGCCAGUAUCUGACUCAGUCAGUAGACCAACAUUCACCUUCGUCAAACUGACAGAAGGAGAUGAAUACAUGUUCCGUGCCGCAGCAGUCAAUCGCUACGGUGUUGGUAACUGGCUGCAGUCUGAAGUUGUGAUGUGCAAGAGCGCAACAAACAUCCCUGGACCUCCAGGCAGACCAGCAGUAUUUGACAUGUCUCGUGAUGGCAUGACCAUUGCAUGGCUGGAACCAGAGGAUGAUGGUGGAUCUGAGGUGUCUGGAUACAUCAUUGAGCGCAAGGAGGUCAGAUCUGACAGAUGGGUGCGUUCUAACAAGAACCCAGUCACCAUGACCAGAUACAGAUCAACAGGUCUGAUAGAAGGCCUUGAGUAUGAACAUAGAGUAACGGCAAUCAACGCUAGAGGUGUUGGCAAACCAAGUGUUGUCUCCUUAACAGCAGUGGCAACUGAUCCCGUUGAUCCACCUGGCUCCCCCCAGAACCCAAGAGUCACAGACACCACAAAAUCAUCAGUGUCCCUGGCCUGGAGUCCUCCUGAUGAGGAAGGUGGAUGUAAGGUCUCAGGUUAUCUGAUUGAGAUGCAGAAAGCAGGCUCAGUCACCUGGAUCAAAUGUAACACAACACCUUCUCUGAUCUGUGAAUACACACUCACCAAAAUGCCGCAAGGAGAGGAGUUCAAGUUCCGUGUGAUGGCUUGCAAUGCCGGUGGACCCGGAGAACCCGCUGAGGUCCCUGGAACAGUCACUGUGACGGAAAUGCUUGAAAAACCUGAUCAUGAGCUGGAAGCCAAGUACAAGGAUGUCUUUGUUGUCAGAUAUGGCAGUGUUGUCAAACUCUCAGUGCCCAUCAAGGGUAAACCAGUUCCUACAUGCAAGUGGACAAAGGAAGGCGCUGACGUGCCUGAGAGAGCAAUGAUCGCUUCCAAUGACGACUGCACUGAGCUGGUAAUCAAGGGUGCAGUAAGAGACGACUCUGGCACUUAUGACCUACUGCUUGAGAACAAGUGUGGCAAGAAGAGCGUUCACAUCAAGGUGAAGGUUAUUGGCCGUCCAACUGCUCCAGAGGGACCACUUGGAUACGAAGACGUUCAGGCACAAUCUGUUAAGUUGACAUGGAAGGUUCCUUCAGAUGAUGGUGGCUCUGAAAUCCUUGGAUACAUUGUUGAGAGACAGCAGGUUCCCAAGACAGCCUGGUACACUGUAGAAACCAGGGUGGUGGACACAUCUUUCCUUGUGAAGGGACUCGAGGAGGGACAAGAGUAUCACUUCAAGGUGACAGCUGAAAACACAUUCGGUAUCAGUGGAUCGCUGAAGUCAACAGAACCCCUCAUACCGAAGACUCCUCUCUGUCCCCCAGAGACAUCAAGCAUCCCACCAGAGGUUAUGGAUGUCACUAAGAGCUCUGCCUCUCUGUCUUGGUCAAGACCUAAGGAUGACGGUGGCUCUGCCAUUACCGGAUACUAUGUUGAGUACAAAGCAGUAUCCUCUGAGACAUGGGUUCGUCAUGAGAAGAAGGUCGUUUCAACCCAGUUUACCAUCCCUGGACUCACUGCUGAUGCUGAAUACCAGUUCCGUGUUAUUGCUCAAAAUGAUAUUGGAGACAGUGAACCAGGACCUGCAUCCGAACCAGUCACAUGCAAAGAUCCAUUUGACAAACCAAGCCAACCAGGCGAGAUUGACACAGUAACUGUCACAAAGGACGCAGUCGCCAUCAAGUGGGCGGCGCCAGAAUGCGAUGGUGGAAAGGAGGUCCUUGGUUACUGGGUUGAAUACAGGAAGUCUGCAGAGGCUACCUGGAAGAAAUGCAACAAGACACGCACCAAGGAGAAAAAGUUCACCAUAACUGGUCUGGCCGAAGCCACUGAGUAUGAGUUCAGAGUGAUGGCUGAGAAUGAGACCGGAAUCAGCAGACCACGCAGAACAGCCACAUGCAUCAAGACCAAACUGAGCGCUGGAACUCAACCAAGCCUGAGGAAAGAAAUGGAUGAAGUUACGACUAAAUUAUACCAACCAGGAAUUAUGAAAUGCCAGAUUAUUGGUAGACCUCUUCCCGAUAUCAAAUGGUAUAAAUCUGGCAAGGAGAUAAUCGAGUCUCGUAAAUAUGAGAUGAGCUCUGAUGGCCGUAACCAUUCACUGACCAUUAUGACAGACCAACAAGAGGAUGAAGGAGAAUACACAUGCAAGGCUAUCAAUGAUGCAGGUGAAGCAGAAACCAGUGGCAUUCUCGUUUUGGAAGCUGCUCCACAGUUCAAUCCUGACUUCCCAUUGAAGAAUACCUACUAUGCUGAAAGCGGCACUACUCUGCGUCUACAUGUUGCCUAUAUUGGACGCCCUGAGCCUAAGAUCAUGUGGCUUUAUGGAGCUACAACUGUGGUAGCUUCUGAGAAUAUCAGCAUUGAAAACACAGAGCAUUACACUCACCUGGUGAUCAAGAAUGUGCAACGCAGGGUACAUGGAGGAAAAUACAGAGUCAGACUGCACAAUCACUUUGGCAGAGCUGAUACUCUCAUCAACGUUGAAAUCCAAGAUAAACCUGCAAUGCCUGAAGGUCCCAUUGUACUUGAUGCCCUGUUGAAGAACUCUGUGAUUAUUAGCUGGAAACCACCAAAGGAUGAUGGUGGAUCAAUGAUCACAAACUACAUCGUGGAGAAGCGUGAAGACAAGGAGGUUGAUGACUGGACACUCGUGUCCUCGUCCAUCACAGGCACAAACUGCCGCAUUGCCAACCUUGUAGUAAACGCUGGGUACUUCUUCCGUGUGUAUGCUCAAAAUCGUUAUGGCAACAGUGAGCCACUGGAGAUACCUACUCCCAUCCUUAUCAAGAGUUCAAUGGAUAAACCUUCACCACCACUGAUGCCAGUGGUUUCUGGUGUGACCAACAUUUCCUGUGUGUUGUCCUGGAAGCCUCCACUCAUUGAUGGUGGCUCCAAGAUCAAGAGCUACUGCCUUGAGAAGAAGGAGAAGAAGGGCGAAUGGACACCUGUCACUACUGAUGAAAUCAAAUCCACAGUCUUUUCUGUCAAACGCCUCACUGAAGGAUGUGAAUAUAUCUUCAGAGUGAACUGUGAGAACCUUGGAGGAGUAAGUGAUUGGAGUGUGGAAUCUGAACCAGUUGUUCCAAAGACGCCUGUUGAUGUCCGUGCUCCCGCCUUCAAAGAAGAACUGAGGAAUAUGAGUGUCAAAUAUAAGAGCAACGCCACCUUCGUUUGCAAGAUCACAGGACAACCCAAGCCUGUAAUUAAAUGGUUCAGACGUGGCAAGGAGAUCCAAUCUGACGGAAAGAAACUGAAGAUUCAAGAGUUCAAGGGAGGCUAUCACCAACUGGUUAUCUCCGCUGCUGAUGAGGAAGACUCUACUGUCUACCAGAUCAGAGCAACCAACCAGGGAGGAUCCAUCUGCACCACUGUCUCUCUGGAUGUUGAAGUCCCUGCCAAGAUUAACCUGCCCAAGAAUCUGAAGGACAAAGAGGCUAUCCCUGCCCUCCGUGGAGAGAUUGUGAAUAUCAAGAUUCCAUUCAGUGGCAAACCCGAUCCUGUCAUCACCUGGCAGAAGGGACAAGACCUCAUUGAUAAUAACGGAUACUACCAAGUCAUCGUUACAAGGUCAUUCACAUCGCUCGUGUUCCCCAACGGUGUUGAUAGGAAGGAUGCCGGUUUCUACAUCGUUUGUGCCAAGAACAGAUUUGGCAUUGACCAACAGACAGUUGAACUGGAUGUUGCCGACGUGCCCGACCCACCACGUGGUAUCAAAGCAAGUGAUGUUUCCAGAGACUCAGUCACUCUGAGUUGGCAAGUACCUGCUAAUGAUGGUGGAAGCAGAGUAGCCAGCUAUGUUGUGGAGAAGUGUCCCACAACAUCUGACAGAUGGGAACGUGUUGCCCAGUCUCGUGAUACUCGCUACACCAUCAUCAACCUGUUCGGAGGAACCAGCUACCAGUUCAGAGUCAUAGCCGAGAACAAAUUCGGUCAAAGUCAACCAUGUGAACCAAGUGGUCCCGUUACAACAAAGGAGGACAAAUCAAGAGUCCUUGGCUAUGACAGUGAGGUUAGUGACAGAGACGUGCCCAAGCAAAAGGCUCCACAUUCAUGUGCCAAGAAUGUGCAUACCAAGUACAUGAUAGCUGAGGAGCUGGGACGUGGCCAGUUUGGUAUCGUUCACCGUUGUGUUGAGACCAGCUCUAAGAGGACAUACAUGGCCAAAUUCGUCAAGGUGAGGGGUGCAGAUCAAGCGUUCAUCAAGAAAGAAAUUGCUACACUGAACCUGGCCAGACACAACAACUUCUUGUGUCUUCAUGAGUCCUUCGACAGCACUGAGGAAUUAGUCAUUAUCUAUGACUUCGUCUCAGGUCAAGACAUCUUUGAACGCCUCGGCACAGCCGACUUUGAGCUGAAUGAGCGUGAAAUCGUCAACUACAUCAGACAAGUAUGUGAAGCUCUUGAGUUCUUACACGACAAGAAUUAUGGCCACUUUGACAUCAGGCCUGAGAAUAUUGUGUACACCACAAGAAAGGGCAGUAAAGUCAAGAUCAUUGAGCUAGGACAGGCAAGACACCUGACUCCUGGCGACCAGAUCAAGGUUCAGUAUACUACAGCUGAGUACGCUGCUCCUGAGAUCCACCAGAAUGACAUGGUCAGCAGUGUUACUGACAUGUGGCCAGUUGGUGUUCUAGUCUAUGUCCUUCUCAGUGGACUCAAUCCAUUUACUGCCGAGACUCAUCAGCAGAUGAUUGACAACAUCUCAAAUGCUGAGUACAGUUACGAUGACGAAACCUUUAAAGUACCUACUGUUGAAGCAUUAGACUUUAUCAACCGCCUUCUCACCAAGGAGCGCAAGCACCGUAUGACUGCUGCCCAAGCUUUAGAACAUCCUUGGCUGAAGAUGCAAGCAGAAGAACUCAGUGCCACAGCAAUAAUGACCACAAGGCAUAAGAGAUACUACCAGGCCAUGGCAAAGAAAGAAUGGACCACUGUCGUUGCAGGAGCAAGAGUUGCUAGCGGCGGUGCAAUCAGAGCCCAGAGAGGUGUCACAGUUGCCAAAGUAAAGAUCGCACCAUUUGAACAUGGCCCAGUCGGUGGUCAAAUCAUUCAUACAGUGGUGGAUGUGGGAGCAGAUGUCAAAUUUGCUUGCAACAUUGAAAACUAUGACAGCGCCACAGAGGUAACAUGGUACUGCGGUGUGCGUCAACUAGAGGCAAGUGACAAGUAUGAAAUCGACUAUGAGGAUGGUCUAGCUGUUAUAUGUAUCAAGGGAGUCACUAAAACAGAUGACGGCACCUAUAGAUGCAAGAUCAUCAACGAUUAUGGUGAGGACAGUGCCUACGGAGAGCUCUUUGUAAACGGAGUCAGAUCAUACCGCGAGUACUUCACAGCCCGUGUGGUGAGGAAAGUGAAACGUAGAGUGGACACAGCAAGACUGCUCCAGAAACCACCAGAGUUCACCCUGCCCUUGUUCAACCAUGCAGCUUACAUCGGAGAAGAUGUUCGCUUCGGUGUGACUAUCACUGUGCACCCUGAGCCUCGUGUUACAUGGUACAAAUCUGGCCAGAAGAUUGUUCCUGGUGAUGAUGAGAAAAAGUACACGUUCAUAACUGACAAGGGUCUUUAUCAAUUGGUGAUUCACUGUGUUGAUGCUGAUGACGAUGCGGAGUACUCAGUUGUGGCACGUAAUAGAUUUGGUGAUGACAGCUGUAAGGCAAAACUGGCUGUGACACCUCGCCCAGCACCAGCAGAUAAUACCUUGAGGCCCAUGUUCAAACGUCUCCUGGCAAACGUGGAGUGUAGGGAAGGCCAGAAUGCACGCUUUGAAAUCAGAGUGUCUGGACUCCCAUCUCUGAAGUGGGAGAAGGAUGGCAUGCCAUUGGCAUUUGGUCCACAAAUUGAAGUGGUCCAUGAGGGCCUGGAUUACUUUGUCCUGCAUGUGAAAGAUACUCUACUUAACGAUUCUGGCUGUUACAGAGUUACUGCAACCAACUCAGCUGGAUCUGCCAGUUGUCAAGCCAUUCUCAAGGUGGGCCGCAUCACCCAUGUGAAGAAGGUUUACGAGAGUGAAAGAGACAAAAAGAAACAAGCAGAGAAAGAACAAAUUGAGAAGAAGGUCAGAUUAUCUCAAAUCAUGUCUGGAACUGAUGUCAUGCCACUUCCUGCUUUGGCACAACAAGCUUUGAGAGAAGCGACAUUGUUGUGCCAACCAGUAGAGGCAACCAAAAAGGACAAGACUGAAGCCGAAGAUAAGAAACGGGCAGAAGAAAGGAAAAAGAGAGCAGAGGAGAAGAGACUGCGUAUGCCUUAUGAUGUUCCCCAACCUCGUGAACGUGGCCCAACUGCUCUUUUGGAAGAUAUGGAAAUCAAACACUACAAACCUUGCUCUGACAUGAAAUGGUACAAGAAACUCCGGGAUCAAUAUGAGUUCCCUGAACCAAUGGACAAGAUUUCACAGAAGAGACUGAAACGCAUCCGUCUCUCCAGGUGGGAUCAGUUCUACGAAGUCCCUUUGCCAAGAAUCAAGGAAUCUUACAAGCCAAAGUGGCGUCUUCCACAAGUUUCACAGGAUGAUUUGGAGACUGUCAGACCUUCAAGGCAGCGCACUCCAUCUCCUGAAAUAGAAGCAUAUCACAGAAUCAGAAGAAGGUCUCUUGGUGAUCUCUCAGACGAGGAGCUUCUCCUGCCAAUUAAUGAAUAUCUGGCAAUGAAGAGAACUGAGGAGGAGAGACUUCAACUUGAGGAAGAACUAGAACUUGGCUACUCUGCGUCCCCACCAAGCCUUAGCCCUGUGCGCUUUGAAUUAGGUGCACUGCGCCACACAUCACCAAGACGCACAGUCUAUGAAGGUGUGGAAGAGGGUGAAGAGGUUCCAUUAUAUGAAAACUAUCGUAUUCCUUCUAAGUAUGAGGCUGGUCCAAGCUAUGUUGACCUUCGCCUGCGCCAUGACAAGGCUACAUUCCGACCGCCAAGACAAAACCAGAGAGUGUUUGAGGAGAGGGAGGAUCGAGAGAUGCUGAGAAAUGUGAAAACGACUCAAAGAAUAAGCGGUUACAAGAGUGAACUGAAACACAUGGAGUUUGAAGAAAAAACUAGAACCGUGAAGAAAGACAGAACUACAACUUCCCAUGUGUCAACAUAUAUAGCAACUAAAACUGAGGGGAGAAGGUCACCCACCCCCGAAAGAACCCGUCCACGUUCCCCUAGUCCUCUUGCUACUGUCAGAUCAGCCUCCAGAUCCAAGGUGGAGACUGUACAGUUGGCAAAAGUUGACCACCUGGCAAGAUAUGAGUCAAGAAAAGCCGUUCUGAGAUCCGAGAGGACAUCAGUAGAAAGGAAGGAGGUUGUAAGUAUGCAGCCCUUCAGCCUCGACCAUACCCCACGAAUCACUGUGAGGAUGCGUUCCCAUCGUGUGCCAUACGGUCAGCACACCAAAUUUACACUGAACGUCCAAUCAAAGCCAACCGCUGAGGUGAAGUGGUACCAUAACGCACAACUGAUAACCGAGAGCAGAAGGUACCGUAUGUCCAACCUGAGCGGAGUUCUGUAUCUUCAAAUUCUUGACUGCACCACAGAGGACAGUGGCACUUACCGUGUUGUCUGUACUAAUGCAGUGGGAGAAUGCUCAGACUAUGCCACUCUGGAUGUCGCAGGCAUGGGAGAGUAUUCUAGCUAUAUGGCACCUCGCGAAGACGAGGAACCCCCAGCUCUUCCUGUGGCAACCAAGAUAGGUGCUUACCAAAUAUCCUCCUCCAAGACAGUGAAGACUGUUGAAACACACGAAACCCACAUGGAGGAGUCCAGCACCUUUAAAGGAAAGAAGACUACUCUACCUGCAUCUAUCUUAACAAAACCACAGUCCCUCACCUUAAAUGAGGGAGAGACUGCCAGAUUUGCAUGUGAUGUUGACGGUGAACCAGUGGCAACUGUAACCUGGAUGCGUGAGGGGCAAAUUAUCGGAUCAUCUGUUCGCCACCAUGUCACUACAGAACAGUACAAGUCUACUUUUGAAAUCACCUCUGUUGAAAUGUCAGACGAAGGCAGCUACUCAAUCAUGGUGGAAAACUCUGAGGGCAGCCAAGAGGCGCACUUCAGUCUAACCAUCCGCCGAUCGGAAGCCAAAGAGGAAGUCUCUUCUACAGUGACAUACUCAUACGAAGAGCCUCCAAUGCAUUCCCCUAGUCCAGUCACAUCUCCACCAAGGAUGAAGUCUCCUGAAUCAAUCAGCUCUCCAAAGAGAGUUAAGUCCCCUACCAGCCCUACACCUAAAUCACCCACUGAGAAAGUCACCCUCAAAACCAAGCCCUCCAUCUCAUCUGGUCUUCAGGACAUGACCGCAUCUGCAGAUUCCAUCGUCAAGCUGACAGUGAAAAUGACUAGAGAUCCUAAAGCAGAGAUCUCAUGGAUGAAGGAUGGAAAGACUCUCAUUCACGGUGGAAAAUAUGAAAUUCAUGAAGAGCAUGAUUCGGCACACCUUGAAAUCUAUGAAUCUGUGGCCUCUGACAGUGGAGUUUACAAAUGCACAGUCACCAAUAGUGCUGGGUCAUCAUCCACAAGCUGCAUUGUCUCUAUUCAAGCCUCAAACAAAUCCAAAGCACUUGCAACAAAAACAGAAAUUUCAGAGCAAGUUAUGAAAAAGGAAAUUGUCUACGGGGAGGUUGAGUCUUACACAGAAAUCAAGGCAUCCCAUACUCAGAUGGCCAUGACUGAAGGCCAGUCUCUCACCCUGAGAGCCAACAUCCCCAGAGCUUCAGAUAUCAGAUGGAUCCUGAACGGAAUGGAACUGGCCAACUCAGAGGACUACAGAUAUGGUGUGUCUGGAAACAACCAUACUAUGACCAUCAAAAAGGUCAGCCAAUACGAGCAGGGGGUCAUCACGUGUGAAGCCAAAACCGAACAUGGCCUUGUCAAGUGCCAGUUCAACACUACUGUCACUGAAGCACUAUCAGAUGCACCAUCAUUCCUUGUGCAGCCACGCUCUCAGAAUGUCAAUGAAGGACAGAACGUCAAGUUCACAUGUGAGAUUGCAGGAGAGCCUGCCCCUGAAAUCGAGUGGUUUAAGGACAACAUAAUAGUAUCUAUGACCUCAAACACGAAACUGAGCCGUUCCAAAAAUGUAUACACUCUGGAGAUUAUUGAGGCCACAGUUGCAGACAGCGGCAAAUACACCAUCAAAGCCAAAAACAAAUAUGGACAGUGCUCUGCAACAUCAUCUCUCAACGUCAUUACUCUUGUUGAAGAACCUGCCAAAAUGGUUGUAAUGGAGCAAAGAGCUGCUGCUGCCAGCUUGCACAGUGACAGUUUCUCAGCCACAUCAGUCCAUAUGGCUGGAGCAUCAAUGGCUAAAGCAUCAAUGACACAUGAAGGCUCUUUCGAAAGACAAUUUGAAAGCAUGUCUGCUGCUAGCAUGUCCGCCAUGACAUCUGAAUCAAUGGUAUCCAUGAGCUCCAGCAGUAUGAUGAAAAUGUCAAGUGAAAUGAUGUCAAGUCAUGCUAGUUCAAUGUCAACUCAUGGAUCCUCAAUGACUGCUCUUACUCAUGGUGUUGGUAAAGCUCCCAAAAUCGAAUUUCUCCCAGAGGAUAUCAGCAUUGAGCCAGGAAGGCCUUUGAGCGUGUCCUGUGCUUUCUCUGGAGACCCAACACCUGAGAUUGAGUGGACCCGCACAGGGAAACAGUGUGAUGAAGACAGUGACCGGUUCCACAUCGAGACCACGGAGGACCUCACCACCCUUGUAAUCCCCUGUGUGAAGGAAGACGAUGCCGGAGCGUACACCCUCAAACUGUCCAACAAGCUUGGAUCUGCCAUGGCAACUGUCAACAUUCAUAUUCGAUCCAUGUAAAAAAAAAAAACACGUAAACAUAUAAUUUCUAUCCCCCAUUUUCCCUCCUCCAGUACCUUUUUAUUUAUUGAAUUAGCAAAAAUAAUCUUUACUUGAUAAAGACCUGGAUUUCUGUUCUUGUAAAUAUGAACUAUUUUUAUACCAAACUUGACAUAAAUUUAUGCCAAACUAGACUAAAGUCUAAAGUUGUUAUAAAAUGUGCCAUAUUGGAUAAUUAUGACUAGGAUUUUUGAACCACUUUUCUGUGACAUGUACAUAAUGUAUAUAGCCGAACUUAACGGUUAUGGAAAAUGUAUGAAUUGUUAUUUAUGACAAUAUUAACUGAAACAAAAGGAACGAAAUGUUUAACAGGAGAAAGUUUCACAUGAAACGAAUACCCUGAAAAACCUGAAACUAAACUAUGUGCCUCAACAAAAAGUUGAAGUCUUAAGAUUUCCUCAACAGGUAGAGAGGUUCCCUGUUGAAGUUUAUACUAAAUCAGAGAAAGGCAAUGUUAUGCACCGUGCAUCUGUGCGUGCAAUAUUACAAAUACUCAUAUGAAUUGUAACAUGAUCAUAAGACCCUGAGUGCUGUUUGCAUAAACCCUCAUGUAAGUAGCACAACUAGGUCUUGUGUUCAGACUGACUAUGUCAUACCACCAUUUUAAUGACAUGCUAAAAGUGCGAGCGGCCUGCACUUUGAGCUCUAUUUUUAUGUGCUCUGUUUCUGGCAUUGGACAGUUGAAUUGGCUUUUUAAAACGUAACAUCACAUGGCCAUUAAAAAACAAAAGUCAAUUCAAGUACUUCGUUGCAGAAACAGUGCCACCUCUUGGAGGAUUGUUAGGUAAUAUUUUGUGUGUGUGAGUGUGUUUUAGUUUUAGAAUUUCACCUUGCCAGUAGUCAGGGUAACCAUCAAGUGAAUGUACCAUGGUGAUACCAUCUACCGUGAAACAAAGAAAGCAAAAAGCAUGAAUAAUAAUGCCCUGCACUUUGAUUUAACUGAGUCUAUUGAUGUAGAAUUACUACUAUAUUCAUCCUCUUUGAGUUUUAUUUUACUGAUUUAAUAAAGCAUGAUUUCAGCACUAG